GUUGAUGAUAUCCUUCACUACGGACAAAUCCAUCUACACGUGGACAGGAUACGUGUACGCAGUGCUGCUUAUCCUGGUGGCCCUCUUUCAGUCUCUGUUCCUGCAGCAGUACUUCCAACGCUGCUUUGUUCUGGGGAUGAAAGUCAGAACAGCCAUCAUGGCUGCUGUGUAUAAGAAGGUACGUGUCAUUGUCUUGCACUUGUGCUCCUUGAGGACCGGGGUUCAACCCCCCUGACUUCCUUGAUCUAACACUGACGGAGAUUUGACAGAGAUUUUGUAUUUGUAUUUAUUACGGAUCUCCAUUAGCUGCUGCCAAGGCAGAAGCUACUCUUCCUGGGUUCCAAAUAAGAUUAAAGCAAUUGCAUACAAAAUAAAGCAGGACAUCACAUUACUACACACUACCACAACAUAAUUUAUCUACAAAAUCCAUAAUACAGUAAUAUAACAAUAUUACAAUGUACAUGCGUGUUAGCAUGUGUAGAGUGCGUAUGCGUGUGUGUGUGCCUGUGUGUGUGUGUCUCCCCAUAGUCUGUACUGUUCCAUAAGGUGUAGUUUUAUCUUUUUUUUAAAUCUGAUUUUACUGCUUGCAUGAGUUACUUGAUGUGGAAUAGAAUUCCAUGUAGUCAUGGCUCUAUGUAGUACUGUGAGUUUCCCAUAGUCUGUUCUGGACUUGGGGACUGUGAAGAGAACUCUGGUGGCAUGUCUUGUAGGUAAUGCAUGGGUGUCUGAGCUGUGUGUUAGUCGUUUAAACAGACAGCUCGGUGCUAUCAACAUGUCAAUACCUCUCACUAAGACAAGUAGUGAUGCAGUCAAUCUUCUCUUCUUUGAGCCAGGAGAGAUUGACAUGCAUGUUAUUGAUGUUAGCUCUCCAUGUACAUUUAAGGGCCAGAGAUUGGAUAGAUACAGAACAGAGAUAAAACUAUUUUGUACCAUCUCAUAUAGGAGCAAAACAAUCUGCAUUCCAAUAUACUGGCUUUCUCUCUAAAACAAUCAAUGAGUUGAUGAGUGCUUAUGGGUGCUUAUGGGAUAGGGCGGGAGGGAGGGAGUGUGGGAUUGUGUGUGUGAUCUAGCCUUUUGGGGGCCCUAAGCACAAUGUUUUAGUGGCGCCCCUCUUGACGGUGGGGAGAAAAAUGUACAUUUUAAAGUUUAUUUCCUGCAAUUCUACACAUUUUGCCAUGGGGCGUAGAGAAAAUGUUGCAGUUUUAAUGCACGUUUUCUGCAGUUUUGCGCAUUUUGCCAUUGGGCAGAGAGGAAAUGGUGCAAUGUUAUAUGAAAUGUCAUGCAAUUCUACUCAUUUUGCCAUGGGGCAGAGAUACAUUUUUGUGGUUUUAAAAGCAAGUUUUCUGCAGAUCUACACAUUUUGCCAUGGGGCAGAGAGAACAUUUAUGAAUUUUAUAACACAUUUCAUGCAAUUCUACUCAUUUUGCCAUGGGGCAGAGAGAAAUGUUUGCAGUUUUAAAGCAAAUUUCCUGCAAUUCUACCAAUUUUGCCAUGGGGUGGAGAGACAUUUUUGCCAUUUUAAAGCUAAUUCCCUGCAAUUCUAUACAUUUUGCCAUGACUUACGCCAUUUUACUGAUAUCUGAUUGAGAGUGACUAACAAUAUCAAUGGGGGCUCCCUGGAGGUCAGGGGCCCUGGGCAUAUGCCCUGCGUGCCCGGUCGGUAUUGGCCAUGAUUACUACAAGUUUAGAUAACUGGCUAGACUAACUUAUGAAUCGUUAGAUGGCUAAUUGAGUGACUGUCAGUGACUGACAAAACAAGAGAAAAACAGCUGAUGCACAGCCACAUUUUUUACUUGCACCUUGUGUAUUAUACUAUUCUAUCUCUCAACAGUAAGUUGAGACCCCGACUGAGUUCCCCCAAAAGAACUAGCGGCAGGGGGCCUUACGCGACUGCUUAUGCCUGGAGCCGACCCUGUGUGUGGUAUAACUGUUGAUUUAGUGUUAGGUGGCCCUUCAACGUGUCGUGGAGCUCUUUCAGUAUCUGCUCAAAGAAGUGUUAUUUCUCUUUAGUAACCUUUCGUUCAACUCUCCCCCUCCAUCCUGCUCUCUAUCCUCUAUCCUCUUCCAUUUCUAUCUCCUUCCCUCCUCUCUCCUCUUCCACUCUCUCCUCCCUCUCCUCCCCUCUCUCCCUCAUCUCCCCUCAUCCCUCUCUCUCCCCUCUUUCCUCAUCCCCCUCCCCUCCUCCCCUCUCUCCCCCAGGCUCUGGUUGUAUCGAACGAUGCCCGUAAGGAGUCGACGGUCGGGGAGACGGUGAACCUGAUGUCGGCCGACGCUCAGCGAUUCAAUGACGUUGUUAACUUCAUCCACCUGCUGUGGUCGUGCCCACUGCAGAUAGCACUCGCUAUCGUCUUCCUGUGGAUAGAGCUGGGGCCUGCUGUACUGGCUGGAUUGGCUGUCAUGGUCCUCAUGGUGCCCAUCAACGGUCUGUUGGCCACCAAGUCCAGGACCUUUCAGGUUAGGAAGGGGAGAGGGGGAAGAGAAGGAGGGAAAAGGGGGAGGGAGAAGGUAGGGAAGAGGGAGGUAGAACCUGCAAUACUGGCUGUCAUGGUUCUCAUCCAUGGUGCCCAUCAAUGGUCUGGAGGAGGAAUAACAAGAGUGAGGGGAGGAUGGGGAAGGGGAAGGGAGAGGCUGAUGUGUUGGACUCAGUGACCUCAGUUUGAGUUCUGGUCGGGCCAGCCCCUGGAAUUUGCUACAAUAUUAUCAUACUGUACAGUGAGGGGAAAAAGUAUUUGAUCCCCUGCUGAUUUUGUACGUUUGCCCACUGACAAAGAAAUUAUCAGUCUAUAAUUUUAAUGGUAGGUUUAUGUGAACAGUGAGAGACAGAAUAACAACAAAAAAAUUGAGAAAAACGCAUGUCAAAAAUGUUAUAAAUUGAUUUGCAUUUUAAUGAGGGAAAUAAGUAUUUGACCUCCUCUCAAUCAGAAAGAUUUCUGGCUCCCAGGCGUCUUUUAUACAGGUAACGAGCUGAGAGUAGGAGCACACUCUUGAAGGGAGUGCUCCUAAUCUCAGCUUGUUACCUGUAUAAAAGACACCUGUCCACAGAAGCAAUCAAUCAAUCAGAUUCCAAACUCUCCACCAUGGCCAGGACCAAAGAGCUCUCCAAGGAUGUCAGGGACAAGAUUGUAGACCUACACAAGGCUGGAAUGGGCUACAAGACCAUCGCCAAGCAGCUUGGUGAGAAGGUGACAACAGUUGGUGCGAUUAUUCGCAAAUGGAAGAAACACAAAAUAACUGUCAAUCUCCCUCGGCCUGGAGCUCCAUGCAAGAUCUCACCUCGUGGAGUUGCAAUGAUCAUGAGAACGUUAAGUAAUCAGCCCAGAACUACACGGGAGGAUCUUGUCAAUGAUCUCAAGGCAGCUGGGACCAUAGUUACCAAGAAAACAAUUGGUAACACACUACGCCAUGAAGGACUGAAAUCCUGCAGCGCCUGCGAGGUCCCCCUGCUCAAGAAAGCACAUAUACAGGCCCGUCUGAAGUUUGCCAACGAACAUCUGAAUGAUUCAGAGGAGAACUGGGUGAAAGGGUUGUGGUCAGAUAAGACCAAAAUCGAGCUCUUUGGCAUCAACUCAACUCGUCGUGUUUGGAGGAGGAGGAAUGCUGCCUAUGACCCCAAGAACACCAUCCCCACCGUCAAACAUGGAGGUGGAAACAUUAUGCUUUGGGGGUGUUUUUCUGCUAAGGGGACAGGACAACUUCACCGCAUCAAAGGGACUGCAAAGAGGAGUGGGACAAAAUCCCUCCUGAGAUGUGUGCAAACCUGGUGGCCAACUACAAGAAACGUCUGACCUCUGUGAUUGCCAACAAGGGUUUUGCCACCAAGUACUAAAUCAUGUUUUGCAGAGGGGUCAAAUACUUAUUUCCCUCAUUAAAAUGCAAAUCAAUUUAUAACAUUUCUGACAUGCGUUUUUUCUGGAUUUUGUUGUUGUUAUUCUGUCUCUCACUGUUCAAAUAAACCUACCAUAAAAAUUAUGGACUGAUCAUGUCUUUGUCAGUGGGCAAACGUACAAAAUCAGCAGUGGGUCAAAUAUUUUUUUCCCUCACUGUACAUACUUGGAUUGUUCUCCACUGUGUUAAAUCUAAAUGGUGAAGCUUCAACAACAGUAUUCUACAUUAACUUAUCUGUUUCUGGUGUUAUUGGGUGCAUGAGUUAAUACAUUUACUGUCAUCAACAGCAGUUAGUGCAAAACCUUCUUACCUCACAUUCCUAUUUCUGUCUGUCUCUAUUUUCAGAUCGAGAACAUGAAGUACAAAGACAAACGGAUGAAAAUCGUGAACGAGAUGCUGAACGGCAUCAAGGUAUUAGCUUGAAUAAUAACAUUGAAUUAGGUUUAAUAGGCUUAAUAUAACUGAUUAAAGGCUCAAUAUACCUAAUUAAAAGUAUGUUAGAGCAAUGGUGUGUGCUUGUCCUACUUCAUAUCUACAGUUUUCUUUGUCCCAGCACUAAACAGUGCAUUUGACUAUAUAUCUUAGAGAUAUUCUAUCAACAGUACGUUAUUAAGAGUACUUGAGUAAGAGGCCAAUCUGAAAUGUCAUGGCAUUAAUAAGUUCGCUGUUGGAGCUAAGUGCAGGUAGUCAAGGUAUUAUAGUGCUCAAUGGUAAAAUCAAAAUGUUCUACCAUCACAGCUAAGCCAAUAUGACACCAAUUUAAAUUAAACUUUUCUGUUUGAGGAGGUUUGAAUCCAAAGCAACCUGCCUACAAGUUGUUUGAUGUACAAUAGACCAACAUAGCUACUGUAGUAGGCCAAAGUUGUGUGCUGGAAAACCUUGGUAGAGCAUGGGUGAAGUAGGCCUUGUGGUGCUCAUGUGAAUGUUUUAAAUUUUUUUGGCUUCAGACUUGCCUAUUUCUUACUUAAAUCAUAGUUUUUGUGUUGAAUUAUAAUAGUUUUGUAAUAAUUAGUACUGUAAUAUUAUUUACCAUACAUUUUUAGUAUUGUAAUAUUAUAAUAUUGUAAUAUUUAUUAAGCUUUCGGGCUCUACUGUAAGAAGAGCUAACUCCCUCUGAGCAGGCCUGUGUGUGUGCAUGUGUGUGUGUGACUGUGUGUGUGUGUGUGUGACUUUGUGUGUGUGUGUGUGUGUGUGACUUUGUGUGUGUUUGUUGAAAAUGAAAAUGGCUGUGAAGUGCUGCUGCUUUGUGCUGCUGCUUUGUGCACAUUUUAACCACCCGGGGAUAUUGCUCUGAACUAAAGAGCCACUUCAGACUUUCUCACCUGCCGUUACUCUUAUUCCCACCUGUUCCACCUCCACCUCCCCCUCUCCUUUUCUCAUUUCCCUACCUCUCUCCCUCUUCUUCUCUCCUUCCCUCUCUCCCUUCCCUCUCUUCCCUCCCUCUCUUCCCUCAUUCCCUCUCUUAUUUUCUCCAUCCCCCACCCCCCUCCCUCCAACCUCUCACUCUCUCCCUCCCCUCCCACUCUCCAGAUCCUGAAGCUAUAUGCAUGGGAACCAUCAUUCCAGAACCAGGUGAUGGGGAUCAGAGAACAAGAGCUGGGGGUCAUGAGGAAGUUUGCCUACCUCUCCUCCGUCUCCACCUUCAUCUUCUCCUGUGCCCCCGCCCUGGUGAGUACUGCGAGCGAGAGACACACAUACACACACAUACAUACACACACACACACACACACACACACACACACACACACACACACACACACACACACACACACACACACACACUCUAACUAACCUGUGUAUCUCUCCAGGUCUCCUUGGCAACCUUUGCAGUGUUUGUAGCAGUGGACUCAGAGAACGUUCUGGAUGCAGGGAAAGCCUUCACCUCCAUCUCUCUGUUCAACAUCCUCCGCUUCCCUCUGGCAUUCCUACCCAUGCUCAUAGCUGCAAUGGUGCAGGUAGGACAACACACACGCACACACGCACACACACACACAUACAUCCACACACAUGCACACACACUGCACGCACAUCUUACAUUUUUAUUAUUAUAUUGACAUAAUUAAGUCUAAAUGACUUGUUUUUAGUUAAUUUCGCUUACCCCAAAAAUGCAUUUACUUUAAGAUAAUUUGUCUUGUAUCAAUAUAUUCUGACUUGUAUCGAACUAUUUUUGGGUUAAAAUAAGCAGUGCAGUAAUAUCAUUUAGCUUGGUAAGACACACACACAUACACACACACACUAAAUACACUAAAUGUGUGUUUGUCCCUCCAGACCAGCGUUUCUAAGACGCGUCUGGAGAAGUUCCUGGGAGGAGACGACCUGGACACCAACACCGUGCGUCACGACCCCAGCUUCAGUAGGUCACUGAGCUACUUGCUCUUUAACCCCAGAAAGCAAAACACUUUGAGACGGUUUCCCAGACACAGAUUAAGCCUAGUCCCAUGGACUAAGAAGCAUUUUCAAUUGAGAAUCUCCAUUUAGUCAAGGACUAGUCUUAAUCUGUGUCCAGGAAACCGUCCCUUUAUGUCAAUACUUUAGUUGCAUUAGUUGCAUUUAGUUUGCCGGUACAAUGAAACCAGUGGCAUAGUGGUCAAUAGUGCAAAUGGCCAAGUUAAAUCAAGCACCCCUCAAACCACAGGAAGCUGCUGAGGGGAGCACUGCUCAUAAUAGUGGCCGGAACGGAGCGAAUGGAAUGGCAUCAGACACAUGGAAACCUUGUGUUUGACGUAUUUGAUGCCAUUCCACCAAUUCCGCUCCAGCCAUUACCAUGAGCCUGUCCUCCCCAAUUAAAGUGCCACCAACCUCCUGUGCCUCAAACGUGUGUCUAUGUCUGUUCCCAGACACAGCCGUGAGUGUCUGUAAUGGAACCUUCGCUUGGGAGAAAGAUGCUGAACCUGUUCUCAAAAAGUGAGUUUCCCUCCUCUGUGGUUGUGUGGGUGUGUGUGUGCUUUAACAGAGAAGUCAAAUAUCAAAUCAAAGUUUAUUGUCAUAUGCACUGGAUACAGGGUAGUGUACACAGUACAACGGAUUGCUAACUUUCAGUUUAACCUCUCCUGUCAGUACAGCAGCUAUUAAAAGUGUAAAAAAAUGGUUCAAUAAAUACUCAGAUAUGCCUUGAGAGGUGUGGCUUUUGCAAUCAUCACCUCUGCUUUGUUAAAUGUGUUGUGUGCGCGUGUGUUUGUGUAUGUGUCAGUGUGUCAUUGGAAAUUAAGCCCGGCAGGCUGGUAGCAGUGGUGGGAGUGGUGGGUUCUGGGAAAUCUUCUCUGAUAUCAGCAAUGCUGGGAGAGAUGCACAGUGCAAAGGGCUUCAUCAAUGUACAGGUAACACACACACACGUCAUACAGUUAAUAAUAAUUGUUUUUACUGUUUUAAUACUCGCAUUAAAUACUCAAAUUAGUCAAUAUGACCUAUUUUAAAAUAAUGUAUUGAUUUGACAAAAACACAAACAUCACAAAAUGACACUGACACAUUCAACAAUUUCAAAGAGAGUGUGUGUGUGGGGGGGAGGGGUAAAUAAAUAAACAAACAAUACAGAAGACAGAUAUACACUUAGAUACGGUCCAUUUUUUUUCCAGGAGUGGGGCAGUCCCACUCCUCUCCUAUUUUUUAUUGGAUAGGAUAGUGAGAGGAGAGAGCGUGCUGGAAUAGCAGUGUGCUGGAUUCGAACCCAUGCUGCAGCAGAAUGUGUUCCCGAGGCAGCGGCUUAGACCAUUAGACCCCAUUUUUUUUGGUCACACACACCUGAUAAGUGCAGUGAAAUGUGUUGUUUUUACAUGGUCAGCCAUAGUAGUAUGGUGCCCCUGGAGCAAAUUAGGGUUAAGUGCCUUGCUGAAUGGCAAACCGACAGUUUUAUCACCUUCUUGGCUCAGGUAUUUCAAACCAGGAACCUUUUGGUUACUGUCUCAACGCUCUAAUCGCUAGGCUACCUGCUUCUAAUUAGAUUUAGUUCUUGACAAAACUGACAGCUCUGGUCCAAUUUGAACGUAUGCAGCCUCACAGUUAACCUUUCCAAUAUAAGAACGCUGAAAAAAGCAUGAUUGCACACACUGCAGGUUGAUGGAACCGUUUCCCAGUGAUUGGCUGCACCUCCAUAUUUGGACAGUGAAGCUUACAUUUUAAAUGUGGCUCUAUUAUCCAGCGUUUUGGAUUUGAGAUCAAGUGUUUUAUGAGGCGACAGGACAGAAUGUCACCUUUUAUUUGUGAGUAUUUUCAUACAUAUCUGUUUACCAUUUAGAAAUGAAAGCUCUUUAUGUAUCUAGUCCCCCAUUUCAAGAAGUCAUAAGUAUUUGGACAAAUUCACUUGUAGUGUAUUAAAGUAGUCAAAAGUGUAGUAUUUGGUUCCAUAUACCUAGCACGCAAUGACUCUAUCAGGGUUGUUCCUCUGCAAACUCGUUGGAUGCAUUUGCAGUUGGAUUUGGCUGUUUGGGGUUAUGUUCUGUCCAAUAGGAGCUGAAUGGUGAAUGAUGACUGGAGUAAUUUUCUUUCUAAGUGAUUAGGUGUUUCUGAAUAAUUCUAAAUCAAUCCGAUAUGCCAUGAUUAAGAAAAAUUCCAUGAAUAAUAAUGAGCGAGAAAGUUACAGAGGCCUCAAAAAAAAACAUGCUAACAUCUCACCAUUACCAAUAACAGGGGAGGUUAGCAUUUUUGGGGGGCAUUGACACUGAUAUAGGCCUACUGUAAAAUACAUUAUGUCUGAGCUAUGGACAUGCCAAAUGUUGUCAAUAAGCAAGAUUAAAUUCACUAUUGAUAAGACGUAAAAAGACAGUGAAUAAUUCCAAUCAAAUUCUAAUAAAAAGAAACAACAACUUGUUUUAAAUAGGCUAUGUCUAAUUACAGUUACAGACACCCUAAUUGCACCCCAUGGGCAUAUAAUAUUCAAAUCAAAUCACAUUUUAUUAGGCCUAAGACAACGUAGACUGUGGAACUUUUCACAGGAGCUGGAAAAUGAUCCAAUAUAAAGAGAAAGGGGGAAUGUCCACUAUAUAUAUAUAUAUAUAUAUAUAUAUAUAUAUAUAUAUAUAUAUAUAUAUAUAUAUAUAUAUAUAUAUAUAUAUAUAUAGCUAAGCUUACUAUUGCUGUUGAAAUGGCCAGUAGUGAGGUUUGCCACGUGAAAAGUAAACAAACAAACAAACAGGCAAAUAUAGCCUACAAGUGGAUUCAGAACCACAGACAGCGAUCGGAAUACCCUCGAUUUGACAGUUAGGUCCAACAGAGGAAAGUGGAAGAUGCAUUUUUUGACAGAAUAAUAAUGAAAAACAAUAAGCAGUCUUUUUAAAUUACUUGAUGUUCCUAAACAGGCGUACUACAGUCACUGACACCUUUCAUGCAAUGGGCAUUGCACAUAAUGAGUCCAAAUGUUUCACAGAAGCUGUACAAAAAUUAUGUCCAAUUGAAAUAAAAAAAGGGAAUGUCUGUUGACUGUUUUGAAGCUCGUGAUAUUUUAAUAAAACGUUGGUGAUGUACAUGAGGCUACUGUGUGUGACUCCGCUGGCAAAAUCAAUGCUAUAACCAAAUGCGUUACCGCUAACACUAGCUUUUGGUCGGUCUUAAAUAUCCCUAGUUGCGCCUAUUGGCACACCUCAAAUAUUUCCACCCCUUAAAUUGCAAAACUGACGUGCAUUUGACACUUCCGCCUCCUUACCACCAGCCGAAAAUAGAGCCCUUUAAGUGAAUUUGUCCAAAUACUUAUGACUUCUUCAAAUGGGGGAGACUAGAUACAUAAAGUGAUUUAAUUUCUAAACUGUAAAACAGAUAAGUAUGAAAAUACCCUCAAAUAAAAGGUGAAAUGAUGUACUGUUGCCUGAUAUGAAACAUUUUAUUUCAAAUCCAAAAUGCUGGAGUAUAGAGCCAAAUUGAAAAAUUCAGCGUUGUUGUCCAAAUACAUAUAGAGGAGAGUGUAAAUGUCAUUGCUAAAACUCUCUCUCUCCUCUUGCACUCUCUCCCCUCCCUUUCUUCCCACCCACUCCUUUUCCCUCUCUCCUCCUUCUUCACUCCCUCCCCUGCCUCUCUACCCACCCACCCACUCCCUUUCUCUCUCUCCUCCUGCACUCCCUCCCCUCCCUCUUUCCCACCCACUCCCUCUCUGUCGCCCACACUCCUUCCUCCCACCUCUUCCCUCUUCUGUCUCCCCUUCCGUCUCUGCUCUCUUCAGGGGUCGAUAGCCUUCGUGCCCCAGCAGGCCUGGAUCCAGAACGCCACUCUCAGGGACAACAUCCUGUUUGGCUCCCCACUGGAGGACUCUCGUUUCCAGGCUACGCUGGAGGCCUGCGCCCUAGGGCCCGACCUGGAGUUGUUGCCUGGGGGAGACCAGACUGAGAUCGGGGAGAAGGUGAGAGAGGACUGGGUGGUCUGGAGGUGGUUAGGGGAGAGAGGCUGGGGAGAACUCAUUGAGAUUGGGUCUGAGUCCCAAAUGGGCCUUUGAAUCAUAGUCAGUCAGUGUGUACACUAAAAACAACAAAUUCACGUGUCAGUGAUGAUGGACCGUGUUUUUGAUGGACCCUGUUUUUCCAUCAACACAGCUCAUUUAAAUGCAAAAACUAUGUUCUAUCUCUAUGGAUAAUGCCAUCUCUCGUAUCCAGCUAAUGACCAUGGUGGGGUCAAUUUCAUUUCAAUUCAGUCAAUUCAAGAAGUAAACUGUACAGCUAAUUAAAAUUCUAAUGCCAUAGAGAUUCAACUAUAUUAUUUCUCUAUAGCUAAUUCCAUCUCUCGUGUCCAGGUAUUGACCUAUGUCCCCGUUUCCCUCCCCUCCCCUCUCCUCCGCUCUCUUCUCCUCUCCUCCCUUCCCCUCUCCUUUCCUCCCCCAGGGUAUUAACCUGUCCGGGGGUCAGAAGCAGCGUGUGAGCCUGGCCAGGGCAGCCUACAGCCAGGCUGACGUUUACCUACUGGAUGACCCUCUCUCAGCCGUAGACUCUCAUGUGGGCAAACAUCUGUUUGAGGAGGUGGUGGGACCGACAGGAAUACUCAAGGAUAAGGUGAGUGGAAUGGCUAACCAAAUAAAUUAGCUAAAUUAGAUCAACAGACAGAUGGAUGAAUGGACGGACGCACAUAUGUCCUAUCUCUCUGAUCCCUCCGUGGACUUGUGACCCAUGGAGUACAGUUUCUCUCCUCUCCUCUCCUCCACCUCCUUCUCCUUUCUCUCCUCUCCUCUCCUGCCCAACCUCCUCUCAUCCCCUCCCUCUUCUCUUCCUCCUCAUCCUCUUCCUCAUCGUCCUCCUCUCUUACACCUUCUCCCUCUGUAGACCCGUAUCUUGGUGACCCAUGGAGUGAGCUUCCUGCCCUAUGUGGAUGAGAUCGUUGUAUUGAAAGACGGAUGUGUUUCUGAGGUCGGGUCAUACCAAAGUCUCAAGGACAGCAAGGGGGCUUUCUCUGAGUUCCUGGACACCUAUGCUAAAGAGGAGGGCAAGAAACACACUGGUGAGUGUGUGUGUGUGUAUAACUGUCUUUGUUGUCUGUGUGUGUGUAACUGGCUGUGUGUGUGUGUAACUGGUUGUGUGUGUGUGUUUAUCAACAGACCCAACCUCUGACUGUGAGGAGGUGGAGCUAGUCCCAGAUUUACAGGAUCCUCAGGCAGACGCCCCUCCUGAAGACAUUGUCUCUAUCACCCUGAAGAGAGAGAGCAGCAUCCGACGCAGCCAACGCAAUGGAAGGUAGGAGAGAGAGAGCGAGAGAGAAAGAAGGAGAGAGAGUCUGAAAUGGCUCUUUAGUUCAGAGCCAGAUUCCCGGGUGGUUAAAAGGUACACAAAGCAACAGCCAUUUUCAAUAAACCAUACAAAGCCUGUACACAAAUGCAUGCAUGCGCAUGCACACAUUCACACACACACACACACACAGACAAAAAUCUAAGGGCACACAAAGAACGUGAGGAUGGCUGGGGGUUGGUUCGAGGAUGGCUGGGGGUUGGUCCGAGGAUGGCUGGGGGUUGGUCCAAGGAUGGCUGGGGGGUGUUCCGAGGAUGGCUGGGGGGUGGUCUGAGGAUGGCUGGGGGGUGGUCAGAGGAUGGCUGGGGGGUGGUUCCGAGGAUGGCUGGGGAGUGGUCCGAUGAUGGCUGGGGGGGUGGUCUGAGGAUGGCUGGGGGGUGGUGUGAGGAUGGCUGGGGGGUGGUCCGAGGAUGGCUGGGGAGUGGUCCGAUGAUGGCUGGGGGGGUGGUCUGCGGAUGGCUGGGGGUUGGAGAAUUUAGCAUUUUUCAAACACCUGAAACAGCCUUUUCCUGGAAUCUAGAGCCAUAAUUAUUAUACUUCAUUCUAUGUAAAAAAAAAAAAAAAUGUUUAUUUUUCUGCAUAUCUAAGCAUACAUCUUGAGCUGCCUGUAUCCUCCUGACUGGUGUUUAUUUUUGUAUUAAAAUAUAUAUAUAUACUUUACCCCAAUUUGCGAUCCAGUCUCAUCGCUGCAACUCCCCAAUGGGCUCGGGAGAGGCAAAGGUUGAUUCAUGCGUCCUCCGAAACAUGACCCGCCAAAACGCGCUUCUUAACACAGAAGCCAGCUGCACCAAUGUGUUGGAGGAAACAGAAUCCAGGCGCCCGGCCCACAACAAGGAGCGCAAUGUGCCAAGUAAAGCCCCCCCGGCCAAACCCUCCCCUAACCCAGACGAUGCUGGGCCAAUUGUGCGCUACCCUAUGUGACUCCCGGUCACAGCCUACAGUAUGCUAAAAUCUGGGUAAAAGAUGGAAAGGAACGUGAGUCUUAUUCAGUACAUCUAGUAAUUGCUAACUUUUCCAAAGUCAAAAAAUCUUGCCAGCAGGCAUGCCAGCUAAGAUCGUUAGACAAGCUAGCUACUAUAACUUGAUUUAUAGCCUGAAAUGGCUUCUUGGCAGCUAGUUAUGAGGUUGGGAGAUUGGGAACCUAUUUGGACUAGCUAAAGCCAACUUCAUAAAAUUGCUAUUUAAAAAAUAUAUAUAUAUUAUUAUUUACAACACAUACAACAUAUCACACUAACCAAACAACAAAACACACCACAUGUAAACACGACACAUUGUUCUCGCUCAUCCUGGUACAAAUAAUUUUGACUCAUAAAGGCACAUUUCUAUACUUUCCUUUAUUUUCUUUGCGAAUCACAAUUUCAUCCAAACAAUACAUCAAAAUAAGGAUGUUGCAUAUAUGGACAUUUAUAACGAAAUUUCAAAAACAAUAAAUAAAUAGGUACUUAAUAUUAUGAAUAAUGAUAGUUUCUCAUUAUAUACAUGAUUUGUAUGAAUGACAUAUUAUUGAUUGAUAUAAUGAUUUUGUAUCAAUACACAUGAUUGGUAUUAAUUACAUAUUAUAAAUAACAUACAUUUCCCCAUGUUUUCAUUCACUCCAAGACAGUAACUUCAAACUUGGGCCAUAUUUCUUCAUAUUCUUUUGACUUUGCAUUAUCCAUUUGCAAUAGUUUUAUCAAAUUUGACAGUGUUCAUUGACAGUUUGAGCCAUUCUGCAAAUGUUCCUCUCCCAAUGCCUUAAAAUUACCCUUUUAGCAAUGCGAGUUGGGGUCCUGAGCAUGGAAGAAUUUGGUGUAUUUUCUGGGAGGUUAAUUCCCAGCAAGAUAAAGCCUGCAUUUGAGUGUAGUCUAUUUUCUAUUGCGCCUUGAAAUAGAGAUAAUAUCAUUUUCCAAUAUGUUUCCAACUUAGGACACUUGACCAAGAUAUACAAGCCCGGCAUCAUCUGAUUUACAUCUCCAACAUUUGCGGUCGGUUGUCAUUUUUGCCUUUUACAUUUUAGAGGGAGUCCAGUAACUUCUAUUAAUUAUAUUAUACUGAACCAUUUGUGCUUUAGACUCUCUGCGUGUUUAAAAAAAGUUUUUCCACACCUUUUUCUAUUCAAUUUAUUGUAUAUUCAUCUUCAAAUCUUUACCCCAUUUUUCUCUUAAGGGAAGGUUUAGUCCCCUUGCUUUUUUGUUUAAGAAUUUAUACACCCUGGAUGCCAGGUGGUCUUUGGAAUGGACACCCUUUAUGAAACUUUCCAAUUCGUUCAAAUCAUGUUUAAAUGUGUUGUUCUAUCGGCCGACUUGACUGCCUGUACAAUCUGAAUGAUUGUAAAAUGGUUGGUAGAGCCGGUCUUAUCCUUCAGUUCAUUCAGAUCCAUAAUUUUACCAUCUUUAUACAAAUCAGACACGGUCCAAACUCCAUCUGUAGCCAAUCUCUCCACAAUAACGGUCUGUGAUUGAUUAAUAUGUGCAGAUUGCUCCAGAUGGUUGCUUAAAAAGAGGUACAUAAGGAGACUGCACAUUUAUUUCCAACAAUUUUAAGAACGUUCCAAGAAGCAGAUAUUGUUGGAAUGUUCUUUCAGUAUUCAGGUAGCAUUCCGUAUGCUAUCAAUCUAAGUGGCAUGGGGUGGAACAUUUCUUCUUCAAUUGCUACCCAAGAGGGGGGUUAUUUUGGUGGGUAGAGCCAGUAUAUAAUUGGUCUGGCUACAUACAGUGAUGGAAAAAAGUAUUUGAUCCCCUGCUGAUUUUGUACGUUUACCCACUGACAAAGACAUGAUCAGUCUAUAAUUUUAAUGAUAGGUUUAUUUGAACAGUGAGAGACAUAAUAACAACAACAAAAUCCAGAAAAACGCAUGUCAAAAAUGUUAUAAAUUGAUUUGCAUUUUAAUGAGGGGAAAUAAGUAUCUGACCCCCUCUCAAUCAGAAAGAUUUCUGGCUCCCAGGUGUCUUUUAUACAGGUAACGAGCUGAGAUUAGGAGCACACUCUUAAAGGGAGUGCUCCUAAUCUCAGCUUGUUACCUGUAUAAAAGACACCUGUCCACAGAAGCAAUCAAUAAAUCAGAUGCCAAACUCUCCACCAUGGCCAAGACCAAAGAGCUCUCCAAGGAUGUCAGGGACAAGAUUGUUGACCUACACAAGGCUGGAAUGGGCUACAAGACCAUCACCAAGCAGCUUGGUGAGAAGGUGACAACAGUUGGUGCGAUUAUUCGCAAAUGGAAGAAACACAAAAGAACUGUCAAUCUCCCUCAGCCUGGGGCUCCAUGCAAGACUCACCUCGUGGAGUUGCAAUGAUCAUGAGAACAGUGAGGAAUCAGCCCAGAACUAUACAGGAGGAUCUUGUCAAUGAUCUCAAGGCAGCUGGGACCAUAGUCACCAAGAAAACAAUUGGUUUUCACACUACGCCGUGAAGGACUGAAAUCCUGCAGCGCCCGCAAGUUCCCCCUGCUCAAGAAAGCACAUAUACAUGCCCGUCUGAAGUUUGCCAAUGAACAUCUGAAUGAUUCAGAGGAGAACUGGGUGAAAGUGUUGUGGUCAGAUCAGACCAAAAUCGAGCUCUUUGGCAUCAACUCAACUCACCGUGUUUGGAGGAGGAGGAAUGCUGCCUAUGACCCCAAGAACACCAUCCCCACCGUCAAACAUGGAGGUGGAAACAUUAUGCUUUGGGGGUGUUUUUCUGCUAAGGGGACAGGACAACUUCAUCGCAUCAAAGGGAAGAUGGAUGGGCCAUGUACCGUCAAAUCUUGGGUGAGAACCUCCUUCCCUCAGCCAGGGCAUUGAAAAUGGGUUGUGGAUAUGUAUUCCAGCAUGACAAUGACCCAAAACACACGGCCAUAGCAACAAAGGAGUGGCUCAAGAAGAAGCACAUUAAGGUCCUGGAGUGGCCUAGCCAGUCUCCAGACCUUAAUCCCAUAGAAAAUCUGUGGAGGGAGCUGAAGGUUCGAUUUGCCAAACGUCAGCCUCAAAACUUUAAUGACUUGGAGAAGAUCUGCAAAGAGGUGUGGGAAGAAAUCCCUCCUGAGAUGUGUGCAAACCUGGUGGCCAACUACAAGAAACGUCUGACCUCUGUGAUUGCCAACAAGGGUUUUGCCACCAAGUACUAAGUCAUGUUUUGCAGAGGGGUCAAAUACUUAUUUCCCUCAUUAAAAUGCAAAUCAAUUCAUAACAUUUUUGACAUGCGUUUUUCUGGACUUUUUUGUUGUUAUUCUGUCUCUCACUGUUCAAAUAAACCUACCAUUAAAAUUAUAGACUGAUCAUGUCUUUGUCAGUGGGCAAACGUACAAAAUCAGCAGGGGAUCAAAUACUUUUUUCCCUCACUGUAUGACAUGUAAUAUGUUUUAAUAUCAGGAAGUGCCAUGCCACCUUUAUAUUUUGGCAUCAUUAGUUUCUAUAAGCCGAUGCGGUGUUGCUUUGAAUUCCAUAUACAUUUAGUGAUAAUUUAAUUGAUCUUCUUAAAGAAGGGAUUGCGGUAGAUUGAGAGGUAACAUGCUUAGUUUGUAAUUGAUUGUUGGAGCCACUGUCAUUUUUAUUAUUUCAAUUCUUGCUCGGAACGUUAAAAAGAGGGAGGACCAUCUUACAAAGUCUGCUUUCAAGGAAUUCACAAUAGCUUCCAAGUUCUCUUCAACCAUUAACUUAAUAUUUGAUGAUAGGAAAAUACCAAGAUAUUUCAGACCUUCCGGAGCCCAAACAAAAUUUAAAUCUGAAAUUUGGUCUUCAGUACAUAGAUCAUUUAUCGGAGUAACCUCUGACUAUUUCCAGUUUAUUUUGAAGCCAGCAAUCUCUGACCAACUUAAGUAGCCCCGUAAUUGACGUUUUUGGAUUCCUAACAAACAAUAACAUGUCAUCUGCAUACACUGCCAGUUUAUGCUCAUGCUUUACCACCACAAUACCUUCAAUAUCAGUUAUCAUCUUAUGGCUUCUGCUAAUGGUUCUAAUGCUAAAACAAAGGGCAAGGGAGACAUCGGACAUCCCUGCCUUGUGCCCCUCUCCAACGGAAAUAAAUAAUAUAUAAUACCAUUUGUUAUAACUGCUGCUAUAGGGCUAUUGUAUAUAUCGGAAACCCAUCUUAUAAUUAAAGGACCAAACCCAAAUCUUUCUAUUGUAUAGAAUAAAAAUGUCCACUCUACUUGAUUAAACGCUUUUUCAGCGUCAAGUGAUAAUGCUACAGCUGGUACCUUCAACAUCACAGCUUUAUACACCAAAAUGCCCCUGCAUUAUCUGAGCUACAUCGAUUUGAAAUGAAACCAACCUGGUCAGUUGAAAUCAAAGGGUGAAUAACUUUCCUAAGUCUGUUUGCUAAUAAUUUAGAAAGUAUCUUAAAAAUCAACAUUCAGUAAAGCGAUUGGUCUAUGGUUAGAGCAUUGAGACAGGUCUUUCCCCCUUUAGCAAUGAGUGUGAUAAUUGCCUCAGCAGUAGUUCCAUUUACAAUACCAUGAUCCAAAACAUUAUUAUACCGUCUAAGCAGUAUUGGUGAAAGUAUAGUUGCAAACUGCUUAUAAAAUUCUGAGGUAUAACCAUCACUUCCCGGUGCCUCUAAUUUUGGGAGCUCUACAAUGGCAUCGUGGAUUUCCUGUAUUGAGAUUGGUUCAUCCAGUUGGGACUUAAGCACAUCGUGCAACUUUGGUAAAUUAAUGCAAUCAAAAAAAGUCUAAAGGUCUUUCUCAGUACAAUACGUUUUUGAGUUGUAGAAAUACUUACAUAAGUAUUCAGACCCUUUACUCAAUACUUUGUUGAAGCACCUUUGGUAAUGAUUACAGCCUCAAGUCUUCUUGAGUAUGACGCUACAAGCUUGGCACACCUGUAUUUGGGGAGUUUCUCCCAUUCUUCUCUGGAGAUCCUCUCAAGCUCUAUCAGGUUGGAUGGGGAGCGUCACUGCACAUCUAUUUUCAGGUCCCUCCAGAGGUGUUCGAUCGGGUUCAAGUCCGGGCUCUGGCUGGGCCACUCAUGGACAUUUAGAGUCUUGUCCAGAAGCCAUUCCUGCGUGGUCUUGGCUAUGUGCUUAGGGUCGUUGUCCUGUUGGAAGGUGAACCUUCACACCAGUCUCAGGUCCUGAGCGCUCUGGAGCAUAUUUUCAUCAAGGAUAUCUCUGCACUUUGCUCCUUUCAUCUUUCCCUUGAUCUUGACUUGUCUCCCAGUCCCUGUCGCUGAAAAACAUCCCCACAGCAUGAUGCUGCCACCACCAUGCUUCACCGUAGAGAUGGUGACAGGUUUCCUCCAGACGUGACGCUUGGCAUUCAGGCCAAGGAGUUCAAUCUUGGUUUCAUCAGACCAGAGAAUCUUGUUUCUCAUGGUCUGAGAGACUUUAGGUGCCUUUUUGCAAACGCCAAGCGGGCUGUCAUGUGCCUUUUACUGAGGAGUGGCUUCCGUCUGGCCACUGAUUGGUGGAGUGCUGCAGAGAUGGUUGUCCUUCUGGAAGGUUCUCCCAUCUCCCAGAGGAACUCUGGAGCUCUGUCAGAGUGACCAUUGGGUUCUUGGUCACCUCCCUGACCAAGGCCCUUCUCCCCCGAUUGCUCAGUUUGGCUCUAGGAAGAGUCUUGGUGGUUCCAAAAUGAUUCAAUUUAAGAAUGAUGGAGGCCACUGUGUUCUUGGGGACCUUCAAUGCUUCCCCAGAUUGGUUCCUCGACAUAAUCCUGUUUCGGAUCUCUACGGACAAUUCCUUCGACCUCAUGGCUUGGUUUUUGCUAAACAGGUGUGAGCCUUUACCACAGGUGGACUCCAAUCAAGUUGUAGAAAUAUCGCAAGGAUGAUCAAUGGAAACAGGAUGCAUCUGAGCUCAAUUUCAAAUCUCAUAGCAAAGAGUCGGAAUACUUAUGUAAAUAAGGUAUUUGUUUUAUUUUAUUUUUUACAACAAACCUGUUUUCACUGUCAUUAUGGGGUAUUGUGUGUAGAUUGAGGGCUUAAAAAAAAAAUCCAUUUUAGAAUAAGGCUGUAACGUAACAAAAUGUGGAAAAAGUCAAGGGGUCUGAAUACUUUCCAAAUGCACUGUAAUUACGUAAUUCUAGGACUUUAAUUUUCCUUUCAAACUCAGUUUCUUUUUCAAGUCGUUUCCUCCUUUUCCAGCCAGAAUAACCUUGAAUUGUACCCUCAUAAAAAUGGUGGCUAGUAGUAUUACAGAGAAACAACAACAACAAAAACAGAACAAAGCUGAGGGGUCACGUGCCCCUGUGCCCCCUAUGGGUAUGACCCCUCUGCAAACAGAGAGAACGAACUAGAGAGAGAGAGAGAGAGAGAGAGAGAGAGAGAGAGAGAGAGAGAGAGAGAGAGAGAGAGAGAGAGAGAGAGAGAGAGAGAGAGAGAGAGAGAGAGAGAGAGAGAGAGAGAGAGAGAGAGAGAGAGAGAGAGAGAGAGAGAGAGAGAGAGAGAGAGAGUCCUUAUAUAGGCCUACUACCAUUGUCACUUUAGUACAUCAUUUGUGAAUGACUCCAUCUUCUCUCUCUCUCCUCCUUGCCCUUCAUCCUUCCAUCUUCUACAGUGAGAAUCGACAUUAUUUCACUCCACCUUCAAAACAUUUUCCUCCUCCAAUACCGCUGACAUUUAAGUAUUUGUGUUUAUUAUCGAACAUACACUCACACUUUCCCCUCCUUUUCUCCUCCAUCCCCUCACCUCUUUUCCCAAUCUGUGUGUGUUUCCCAGUGUCAGGUUGAGAAAGAACAGUUCCCUAAAGAAACCGAAGCCACCUGCUGACGACGAGACCAAGAAAGGCCAGAGGCUGAUCGAGAAGGAAACCAUGGAGACGGGACAGGUAUAUUGUGGACAGUAAAUUGUGGGCUGUAUUGACUUAGAGCCUUGGUAUGGAGGUGGAAAAAGCAAGACCACUUACUGUUUGUAGAACCCUGCAAGAACCCAGAAAUCAAAUGCACUAGUCUACAAACUCAAUGGCAACUGGUCAUUCAAGGCAUGGGGCGCGCAUUGUAUGAGAAAUCAUAUGCACUCAAAAGAGUCCUUCUAGUGGUAAUAAUAGUAAUAAUAACCCCAAUACAUCCUGUUGAAACUAUAAUUUGUUUAAUAUUAAAAGCUGAAAAGCAUUCAGAGAAAAAAACAUCUAACAGUAAAGAUUCUCUCUUUGAAGUGUAUGUAGUUAAAAGACAUCCAUCGUUCUCUCUUUGUUGUCUCUCUCUCAAUUCAUUUCAAUUUGAGGUGCUUUAUUGGCAUGAUUAUUUUUCUUCUUCUGUCUCUCUCUAUCUUUCUCCCUCUCUCUCCGUCUCUCUCUUUCUCUCUCUCCAGGUGAAGUUCUCGGUGUAUCUCCAGUACCUACGUGCAAUGGGCUGGGGCUACUCCAUCAUGUUCUUCCUGGUGUACUUCAUCCAGAACGUGGCUUUCAUUGGUCAGAACGUGUGGCUGAGUGACUGGACCAAUGAUGCAGAGGAUUACUACAACAUAACCUACCCCACCUGGAAGAGGGACACUCGGAUUGGUGUAUUCGGUGCGCUGGGCGUGGCUCAAGGUAAGAGGAGAAGAAGAGAAAGAGAAAAGUUGCUUCAUUGUCCAUGUUAAAUACACCUUAUGAAGUAGGUGAGCGUGAGAGAAGAAUAAGACUGUAUUGUCCAUUUGUAGACACACACACACACCUGUUUUAUUAAAAUGGUCUCCUCUCCUCACAACAGGUUUAUUUGUAUUCAUGGGCACCCUACUCCUGGCUAACGGCUCUAUCAAUGCGUCUCGUAUCCUCCACUCCCGGCUGCUCAACAACAUUCUUCGUGUUCCCAUGAUGUUCUUUGACACUACGCCAUCCGGCAGGGUUGUCAACCGCUUUGCCAAGGUAUAGGGGCUAAACCUGCAACUGUGCUGUGUUCAUUAGGCACCAAAUGAAGAAAAAAAUACGGACUGAAACACAGAGGAACUAUCUGGACUUCGGUCACAAAUGUUUUCCUUUGCAAAACGUUUUAAAACGCUUUCCAUUGCGUGCCCUAAUGAACGUAGCUCUGGCGUAUUUGAAUAUUCCAUUACCCCUGCGUUCGCUUUAUCCUUGUUGGUGAUGCCAUAUUACUGUUUGAUGAUGUCACCACCUGUUUCCUGUUGUAGGACAUAUUCACAGUGGACGAGGCCAUCCCCCAAUCGUUUCGCUCCUGGAUCAUGUGUUUCCUGGGUGUGCUUGGAACGCUGUUUGUCAUCUGCCUGGCAACGCCCAUUUUCACCGCCAUCAUCGUCCCUCUGGCUGUGGUCUACUACUUCGUUCAGGUAGAGAGAGAGAAACAGAGAAAGGAGUGUGUGGUUGGAGGAGAGAGGGAGGGAAAGGGACUGAGCAAUGAUGUAUAUAAAUCCUAGAUGACUAACGGGGGGUCUGUUUUGAAGCCACUGCACAGCCAUUUUUGUACUCCUCCACCAUUGUAAAAAAUAUUUGGGAAGCUAUAGAAAUACAUUUAUUAAUGUCAACAUACAUUUUUGCCAAGUAUACAGGUAUGUACAGUUGAAGUCAGAAGUUUACAUACACCUUAGCCAAAUACAUUUAAACUGUUUUUCACAAUUCCUGAUAUUUAAUCCUAGUAAAAAUUCCCUGUGUUAGGUCAGUUAGGAUCACCACUUUAUUUUAAGAAUGUGAAAUGUCAGAAUAAUAGUAAAGGGUGAUUUAUUUCAGCUUUCAUUUCUUUCAUCACAUUCCCAAUCGGUCAGCCGUUUACAUACACUCAAUUAGUAUUUGGUAGCAUUGCCUAUAAAGUGUUUAACUUGGGUCAAACGUUUUGGGUAGCCUUCCACAUGCUUUCUAUAGGAAUGAGGUCAGGGCUUUGUGAUGGCCACUCCAAUACAUUGACUUUGUUGUCCUUAAGCCAUUUUGCCACAACUUUGGAGGUAUGUUUGGGGUCAUUGUCCAUUUGGAAGACCCAUUUGCGACCAAGCUUUAACUUCCUGAUUGAUGUCUUGAGAUGUUGCUUCAAUUUAUUCACAUAAUUGUCCUUCCUCAUGAUGCCAUCUAUUUUGUGAAGUGCACCAGUCCCUCCUGCAGCAAAGCACCCCCACAGCAUGAUGCUGCCACCCCCGUGCUUCACGGUUGUGAUGGUGUUCUUCGGCUUGCAAGCCACCCCCCUUUUUCCUCCAAACAUAACGAUGGUCAUUAUGGCUAAACAGUUCUAUUUUUGUUUCAUCAGACCAGAGGACAUUUCUCCAAAAAGUACGAUCUUUGUCCCCAUGUGCAGUUGCAAACUGUAGUCUGGCUUUUUUAUGGCGGUUUUGGAGCAGUGGCUUCUUCCUUGCUGAGCAGCCUUUCAGGUUAUGUCGAUAUAGGACUAGUUUUACUGUGGAUAUAGAUACUUUUGUACCUGUUUCCUUCAGCAUCUUCACAAGGUCCUUUGCUGUUGUUCUGGGAUUGAUUUGCACUUUUCGCACCAAAGUACGUUCAUCUCUAGGAGACAGAACGCGUCUCCUUCCUGAGUGGUAUGACGGCUGCGUGGUCCCAUGGUGUUUAUACUUGCGUACUAUUGUUUGUACAGAUGAACGUGGUACCUUCAGGCAUUUGGAAAUUGCUUCCAAGAAUGAACCAGACUUGUGGAGGUUUACCUUUUUUUUCUGAGGUCUUGGCUGAUUUCUUUUGAUUUUCCCAUGAUGUCAAGCAAAGAGGCACUGAGUUUGAAGGUAGGCCUUGAAAUACAUCCACAGGUACACCUCCAAUUGACUCAAAUGAUGUCAAUUAGCCUCUCAGAAGCUUCUAAAGCCAUGACAUCAUUUUCUGGAAUUUUCCAAGCUGUUUAAAGGCACAGUCAACUUAGUGUAUGUAAACUUCUGACCCACUGGAAUUGUGAUAUAGUGAAUUAUAAGUGAAAUAAUCUGUCUGUAAACAAUUGUUGGAAAAAUUACUUGUGUCAUACACCGACUUGCCAAAACUAUAGUUUGUUAACAAGACAUUUGUGGAGUGGUUGAAAAACAACACUUACCUACCAGUCCAUGAGAACGGUGGCCAUUUCGGCAUCACUCUUCCAUCUUUCAAAAUUAAUUCCAAUGUUUAUCCGGUUUCUGGAUUGGUUAUGAUGAACAGUCUUUUUCUCGCUUCUUUUUCAAUUUUGGGGUUGAGUUGAUUCAGAUCCAAGAACUGAGAAUGAUGCUUGUUGGUGUCGACAUUAUCAGAAAACGUUGUCCCUGCUACCAGGACAGUUUAUCUGCAAACAACUUAGCUAGCUAGCUAGUUUGUUGGCUUUGUCUGCUCUGUGUUUGUUUCUGGCGGCUGUAACUUGCAUGUGACUUUCACUUCCUCUCCUGCUCUGGGUACCAUGGCAGCAGGGUCAUUAGAGUAGGCGGGAUUUAGCGCAAAGACAAACACACCUUGCCCAGAAGGCCAGCCCAAGACGGCUCAGCGCUCAACCCCCUUGUUUUCGUUCAAAGUGAAAUGACAACACAAAGAAGUGGGGUGGCAUGGGGGCGCCCACGACCUUCGGAAUCCAUAAUUAAAAAAAAUAUAUGACUAUAUAAAAAACUAUAAAUCCUUAAAAGUAGAAUUUUAAGAGAGUACUAAUGUUACUGUCCCCACUUCAACAAAUACAGUAAUUUGGGCCUUGAAAAUGUUUCUUGAAAUACUGUAGAAUUCCAUUAAUUCCUAUGGAGGACUGCUCCUUCUGAGUACCAAUAUGGAGGAUGGUGGCUUCAAAGCUUCUUAUUGGCCAAUACAGACACUAUAUAUACAAAAGUAUGUGGACACCCCUUCAAAUUAGUGGAUUUGGCUAUUUCAGCAACACCUGUUGCUGACAGGUGUAUCAAAUCGAGCAUACAGCCAUGCAAUCUCCAUAGACAAACAUUGGUAGUAGAAUGGCCUUACUGAAGAGCUCAGUGACUUUCAACAUGGCACCGUCAUAGGAUGCCACCUUUCCAACAAGUCAGUUCGUCAAAUGUCUGCCCUGCUAGAGAUGCCCCGGUCAACUGUAAGGGCUGUUAUUGUGAAGUGGAAACGUCUAGCAGCAACAACGGCUCAGCUGCGAAGUGGUGGGCCACACAAGCUCACAGAAUGGGACCACCGAGUGCUGAAGCUCGUAGCGCAUCAAAACCGUCUGUCUUCGGUUGCAACGCUCACUACCGAAGGAGCUUCAUGAAAUGGGUUUCUAUGGUCGAGCAGCCGCACACAAGCCUAAGAUCACCAUGUGCAAUGCCAAGCUUCGGCUGGAGUGGUGUGAAGCUUGCUGCCAUUGGACUCUGGAGCAAUGAAGAUGCAUUCUCUGGAGUGAUGAAUCACGCUUCACCAUUUGGCAGUCCAGCGGACAAAUCAGGGUUUGGCGGAUGCCAGGAGAACGCUACCUGCCCCAAUGCAUAGUGCAACCUUAAAGUUUGGUGGAGGAGGAAUAAUGGUCUGGGGCUGUUUUUCAUGGUUCGGGCUAGGCCCCUUAGUCCCAGUAAAGGGAAAUCUUAACGCUACAGCAUACAAUGACAUUCUAGACGAUUCUGUGCUUCCAACUUUGUGGCAACAGUUUGGGGAAGGCCCUUUCCUGUUUCAGCAUGACAGUGCCCCCGUGUACAAAGCGUGGUCCAUACAGAAAUGGUUUGAAUGGAAGCAAGUCCCCGCAGCAAUGUUCCAACAUCUAGUGGAAAGCCUUCCCAGAAGAGUGGAGGCUGUUAUAGCUGCAAAGGGGGGACCAACUCCAUAUUAAUGCCCAUGAUUUUAGAAUGAGAUGUUCGACGAGCAGGUGUCCACAUACCUUUUGGUCAUGUAGUGUAGCACCAGCAAUCUAGGGUAUACAGUACUUUUUAUUUUUUUUAUUUUUUAACAUUUUUACAUACAUGCUUUACCAACUGAGCUACAGGAGGCCUACAUCAUUGGGACUGAAAGGAAUGGGGGAGAGAGACGGAGGGAGAGGGUGGAAAAGAGCGAGAGAGGGAGAGAGUGGGGGCAGAUAAAGAUGGUCCUGUCGCUGACCACGUUUACAUGCGUACAGUAUUCCGGAUAAUAGCUCAUAUCCCGGUUAAGAUCUUAUUCAGGAUAAGAUGUUUAUAUGCACCUUUGAUACCCGCUUACGAGUUUCCAUAUAUCCACGAAUAAACAGAAUAUUCCUAAUUUGCCCAGGGACGGCGUAACGAUUUUUUUGACAUGGAGUUUUUAAGUCUCAUUUAGAUAUAGUAUUUGUCUGCUUAUAAUAAGCUAUUUGUUAGUAAUCUUGUCUAUAAUUAGAUACAUGCAGCUUCUCUUCUGUCAUUACUUGAUGCUCUAGAAUACUAAUUAUACAAUGGGUGGUUUGGAAUUCCCAUUAUUAAAGCCUCUCCUGCCCAUGAUACAGUAUAUGAGACAACAUACACAUGGCCACGUGCAUAUGAAGUGGCAUCGUUUACGUCGUUAGCUAGCAACGCACUGCCACUACUACUUUUACAACUACUAGCAUUAGCACCUGUAAGUCGUCAUGGAUGAUUUUAAAGUUACUUUUGAUUUUGUUUUAUCCACUAACGUUUGAAGAAUGGUGCCAACAAGAAGAGGAGGAGGAUAUGAAAGAAAUAAAACACGAAGAAGAGCAAGUGGACCAUCAACCUGAGCCUAGUGUUAACGUUAGACAUGCAGAAAUCAGUAACGUUAGCGCUGCUAUAGACGACAUAGAAAAGGAGAGAAAUGAAAGAAGCUACCUAGCGGAAUUUCUAUGCCACCUACUGAAUACGGUGUGGUUUGAUUUGCAGUUGCACUUUGGCCGAAGAGGCAAUGAAGGAAAUCGCAAACUGAAGCCUCGCAAACUGAAGCCAGACUCAUUCGUAAUUAAAAGAAGACAAAAAUGGUUUGAGAUAUGGAACUGAGUUUCAAUGAAGAAACAAAAAUGCAAUGGAAAGAGACAGAGAGAAUCGUCCUGGCUACAUGUAUGAGAACCUAGGCAAUGAGCUCUGCCCCGUGGAAAUGUGCAAUUCAGUAUCAUAAAUUAAUAGCUGUCGAUGCUGUGACCAUCUGAAAAAAAAUGUCAUUGUGGUUUCUAUUCUGAUCUGUGUCAAUGUCUUUGCUACAAUGUUUCAGCACUGUUUUCAGAUCCACGGACAGCGCCCUUAAUGUUUCAAUCUGCCAUUCAAUUUUCCUAUGCGUAGACCAGACGUGCGCUGUUUUCAGAAUCAUGGACAGCGUCUCUAGAAACCAAGGUUCUGGAACUAUCAACCAGCGCUUGGGUAGUUUUGCUUUACAUGGCAGUCAAUACGAAUAGAACUAACGACCAGAGAAUGCCUAAAAUGUCACUUGACAACCAGUGUUAGUGAAUGUAGCAUCACUUUUUGUUGAAAAAUGUAUGGUUUGGGAAAUAAUCUUGAUUUUUAAUGGUAACCCAUUGUAUUAAAGCAAUAAUACACUCGAGUCCAUGUGUUAUGACAUUUUUAUCAUGGCUGUGGUGGUCUAUGCCACUCGGCAUCGCAUCCUGGCUAUGACCACGUCACAGCCAUGAUAAAAAUGUCAUAACACAUGGCCUCGAGUGUAUUAUUGCUUAAAUAAAGCCUUGCUCACCAGAAUAAUGUCAUAAAUGAUAGAAUGAAUGCAUCAUCAACCAUCUAGUUGACAUCGGUAAACCAGCGAGAUUUCUGUGUAUAAUUUCCAAAUUACAUCAGUUUGUUGACCGGUUUUAAGGAAAUGAACAGCUGUGAAAACUAUCCAACAUGUUUUUGAUAGUAUUUCAGUUAGUCUUGGAUGCAUAUUUUAUGUGGUUGAAGGUUAAAUACUGUCAACUUUUAGUCUAAAUAACACGUGGGCAUUCAUUCACAUUUUCUCAAGAUGAAAUAAAUAAUAUUUCUCCACUCCUGUUCCCGAGACAGAAUUAACAUUUGGUCUAUAAUUUUACUCCAAGAAACACUUAAUUCUGCAGGAGUACUAUAAUAGGCUACAUGUGAGGCCUACAGUCAGUGUCCAGACUUCAGUUACUAUUCCAACUAUUACUGUUCCCAUCUGAACUUCAAAGGUGAUACUAUGCAAAACUGAGUCUGCGCAGACCCCCAAAAAACGACAGUAAACGGGAUAAGAUGUUUACAUGCAUAUCCCAGGCAUCUUAUUUGGGUUUCUCAAAACCGGGAUAGGAGCUUAUUCGGGUUAUUGUAAACGGGAUAUGAUGUUUAUAUGCGUCAAUUCAAAAACAGAAUACUUGAGUAUCCCGAAUAAUAACAGGAUAUUGGUGUGCAUGUAAACGUGGUCAGUGCCACAUCAGUAUAUGAUUUGUGAAUAAUUUAUUCUCUCUCUCCUUCACUCCAUUCCUCCAUCUUCUCUCUCUCCCCUCAGCGUUUCUAUGUGGCGACCUCACGGCAGCUGCGUCGUCUGGACUCGGUGUCUCGGUCUCCCAUCUACUCUCACUUCGGAGAGACAGUGUCUGGUCUGUCGGUCAUCCGGGCCUAUGGACACCAGGAACGCUUCCUCAAACACAACGAGAAAGUCAUUGAUGAAAACCUCAAGUCGGUCUACCCGUGGAUAGUCUCCAACAGGUCAGGAACACACUCAGUUUUCUUCAUAUCAAAACAGCACUCCAUAAUGUGCAGUUCCUUUCUGUCUGAAAUGUUACGGUGUAUCUGUGAUGUCUAAUGUUUGACUAAAUGUCUGUUAGUCUUGUCAGUCUUGUCUCUCUGUCUCACAUGAAGUUGCUGAGGGGAGGAUGGCUCAUAAUAAUGGCUGGAAGGGAGUGAAUGGAAUGGUUUCAACCACAUGGAAACUAUGUGUUUGACGUGUUCGAUACCAUUCAAUUUAUUCCGUUCCAGCCAUUACUAUUUGUAUUUGUAUUUAUUAUGGAUCCCCAUUAGCUGCUGCCAAGGCAGCUGGGGUCCAGCAAAAUUAAGGCAGUUAUACCAUUUUAAAAACAUUACAAUAUAUUCACAACAGAUUUCACAACACAUUAAGUGUGUGCCCUCAGGCCCUUAUUAUAUCUCCACAUAUCUAUAACACAACAUCAAUGUGUACGUGUGUGUAUAGUGCGUAUGUUGUCGUGUGGUUGUAUGCAUGUGUCUGUGCCUAUGUUUGUGUUGCUUCACAGUCCCCACUGUUCCAUAAGGUGUAUUUGUAUCAUUUUUUAAAAUCAAAUUUUACUGCUUGCAUGAGUUCCAUGUAGUCGUGGCUCUAUGUAGUACUGUGCGCCUCCCAUAGUCUGUUCUGGAUUUGGGGACUGUGAAGAGACCUCUGGCGGCAUGUCUUGUGGGGUAUGCAUGGGUGUCUGAGCUGUGUGCCAGUAGUUCAAACAGACAGCUCGUGCAUUCAACAUGUCAAUACCUCUCACAAAUACAAGUAGUGAUGAAGUCAAUCUCUCCUCCACUUUGCGCCAGGAGAGAUUGACAUGCAUAUUAUUAAUGUUAGCUCUCUGUGUACAUCUAAGGGCCAGCCGUGCUGCCCUGUUCUGAGCCAAUUGCAAUUUCCUAAGUCCUUCUUUGUGGCACCUGACCACACGACUGAACAGUAGUCCAGGUGCGACAAAAUUAGGGUCUGUAGGACCUGCCUUGAUAGUGUUGUUAAGAAGGCAGAGCAGCGCUUUAUUGUAGACAGACUUCUCCCCAUCUUAGCUACUGUUAUAUCAAUAUGUUUUGACCAUGACAGUUUACAAUCCAGGGUUACUUCAAGCAGUUUAGUCACCUCAACUUGCUCAAUUUCUACAUUAUUCAUUACAAGAUUUAGUUGAGAUUUAGGGUUUAGUGAAUGAUUUGUACCAAAUACAAUGCUUUUAGUUUUUGAAAUAUCUAGGACUAACUUAUUCUUUGCCACACAUUCUGAAACUAACUGCAGCUCUUUCUUAAGUGUUGUAGUCAUUUGAGUCGCUGUAGUAGCUGACGUGUAUAGUGUUGAGUCAUCCGCAUACAUAGACACACUGGCUUUACUCAAAGCCAGUGACAUGUCGUUAGUGAAGAUUGAGCCCAUCCUCCCCAAUUAAGGUGCCUGCAGCCGUCUGUGGUCUGUCUUGUUUGUCUGCCUGCAUCGUCUGUCUGUCUGUCCAUCUGUCUGUAAUGCCUGUCUUUCUGUCCUGCAGGUGGCUGGCCAUCCGUCUAGAGUUCCUUGGUAACCUGGUAGUGUUUUUCUCAGCUCUGCUUGCUGUCAUCUCCCGGGACUCUCUGGAAAGUGGCCUGGUCGGCCUUUCCAUCUCCUAUGCCCUCAACGUGAGUACACCACAGGCACGCACACACACAUGCACGCACACACACACACACACAAACAGUAUUCUUCUGUGUUGUGCCUACUGAAUAUGACCUUGGGGAACCGAUUAUUUAUCUCUCAAUUCACUGUACUAUACCAGAGAGAGAAGUGUUUUGUUGAGGAUGGUUAAUCUGUGCUUUCAAUGGUCAAAUCUCAGUAAAAUGAAGGAAGGACUGUAUGAGGUGUUUCAAAGGACUAACUGGUUUAGGAUUUGAGCUGCCACCAUGGUAUCGGUCAGAAUGCAGAAUGAGGAGAUAAGGGAUCCAGGUUUAGAGUUGAACACGAACACAGAGGCACAUGGGGGAGGGUUUGGAAUGGAGGUUUGGUAGGGCUUGUAGGGCCGGUAGUGUGGUAGGUAGGAAGGUUGGAUGAGAUACAAAAAGGGAAACAUUAGGAACAUAAACAUAAAUGGUGAAUGACAAGGUGGUGCCAGGUGACUAUGGGGAAAAUAUGGGCUUAACAUGUACUGUAUAUUCUGCUUAUAUAGGGAACUGAGAGGGGUGACAGAAGAGAAGAGGUGAUUAGGGAGUAGGAAACAGGUGUGGAGGCAAGGGGCGUGGCCUGGGGUAAUUGGGAGCAAUUAGAUGUCCUGUUACAGUGCCAUGACCCUUCACAACACUCUGGCUGCAUUUACACAGGCAGCCCAAUUCUGAUCUUUUGCCAAAUUAUAAAAAAUAGAUCAGAAUUGGGCUGCCUGUGUAAACGCAGCCAAUGUGACUUUUGUGCAUCUAGACCUGUCUUUUCCAUGCACUCAUCAAAUUCUGAUAGCAGAAGUCACAUACAGUAUACUGUAAAUGUCAAGAGUAGAUGCUCUCAAAUUGAAGUGCCAUUGUAUUAACAUCUAACCAACCUGAACUCUGAUUCAGUUCUGUUAAACUGAAGCCCCCAUGGUCAAAACCCUCUGCACAGUACUUGAAUGGUUAUACAUACUGAAUAUAAUAUUAUUAUUGUUAUUAUUAUUACUUUACUUUGUAUGCACUUUGAUCUUUUGAUGAAAAAUACUUUACAAAUGUAAUUAAUUAAUUAUAAUUAUAAUAAUUAAUUAUUAUUAUUAUUAUUAUUAUUAUUAUUAAUAUUAUUAUUAUGUAAGGAGAUGAAUCAGGGUUAAGGCCUGGGUUACUGUUGAGUACUCCCUGACAAAUAUGUAUUUGUAAAAAGCACUUAAUGGAUUUUAUGAAUGAUGGAAUGAUAAUAAGGUGAUGAUGACUUGGUGGUAGUGACCCCUGACCCCUAACCUCUGACAUGUAGGUGACUCAGACCCUGAACUGGCUGGUGAGGAUGACAUCAGAACUGGAGACCAACAUCGUAGCUGUGGAGAGAGUCAGCGAGUACACGGAGAUAGAGAAUGAGGUCUGUGUGUGUUCAAUGAGAAUGACAGAUAUACAGUAUAACUCACAUUUCUAUGUGAAUCUGGUCGGUUCGCCCAAAAAAGUUACAUAUUGCAGCUUUAAGAAAAGGGUUCUUUCCUCUUUUAGGGAUAGUUAAAACUUAGGGGCAGCAGCUCAUUCGAAUAUUUUGGGGCAUGGUUUGCUCACAGCUCUUUUUGUGCAACCAUGAGUGAGAGUGUCAGUUGAUUUAAUCUGUUGUGUUAUGCCAUUAAAUGUUGAACAGGACUAGCGCAUGUUAAAGUGUCUCGUAAGGCCUUGUGUAAGUUAAGAAAAAGUUAAAUAUAUUGACUAAAUCAGUGGUUCUUAAACCUCUCCUCGGGGACCCCCAACCGUUCCAUCUAUUCCAGAGCUAGCACACAUGAUUCAACUUGUCAACUAACACAAUAAUAACACCUAUGGAAUUUUUAUUCAACACAAAAUAAAAUAUGGCUAACAACAGUAAAGAGCCCUGUAUAGUUUUUCAAAAGGUUACUUGUAGAACCUUUUAGAUUUGUUCUUUAAAGAACAAAAAGGGGUUGUACGAUAGCUGAAACCUUUUUGGUGCUAUAUAGAAACUUUUUUAACCUCUUAAGGAUCGGACCCUUUUUUUAAAUGUUCGCCUAAAAUGACAUACCCAAAUCUAACUGCCUGUAGCUCAGGACCUGAAGCAAGGAUAUGCAUAUUCUUGAUACCAUUUGAAAGGAAACACUUUGAAGUUUGUGGAAAUGUGAAAUUAAUAUAGGAGAAUACAACACAUUAGAUAUGGUAAAAGAUGAUACAAACAAAAAAACAUGCAUUUUCAAAAAAAAAUAAAAAAAAGACAAAGGCCACAAUAUAAUAUUGCAGUUUAGGCGCAAUUUAGAUGUUUGCCACUAGACGGCAGCAGUGUGUGUGCAAAGUUUCAGAUUGAUCCAGAGAAGCGUUGCAAUACUGGACUAAGUCUGCUCCAAAUGUGCCGAAUUGGUCAAUUGAUACAUUUUCAAGUACAUAGCUAUAGAAAACAUACAAAAAUUAUAUGGUAAUACAAAAUGUAAGUUUACACACUCCCAGGAAUGUUAUACAUGAUGGAUCAUUAGCUUAUACACUAACUUCCACACAUCUAGAUGGCCGGGCGGGGUGGGUGUGGCGCCAGAGUCAGCAGGGGUUCAAACUGUGAAACCCAAAUCCUACAUUUGAAUAUAAAAAUUGAUUUUAUCAAACAAAACUAUGCUACAUUUUAUCUCUGGGAUCCUUAGGAUGACAAAUCAGAGCAAGAUUACUGAAUGUAAGUACAUUAUUUACCUUCAGAGGUGAAUGUAUCAAAUCAGUUGCAGUGAUACGUUUUUUGUUGUUGUGCAUUCUUCUCAAACAAUAGCAUGGUAUUUUUUCACUUUAAUAGCUACUGUAAAUUGGACAGUGCAGUUAGAUUAACAAGAAUGUAAGCUUUCUGCCCAUUUAUGACAUGUCUAUGUCCUGGAAAGUUUGCUGUUACUUACAACAGUCAUGCUAAUCACAUUAGCGCACGUUAGCUCAACCGUCCCGUAUACGGGACACAGAUCCCGUGGAGGUUAAUGGUUCUUUAUAGAACUUGAAGAAAGGGUUCCUUAUAGCACCCUAAAGGUUCCAUUUAGAACCAUAUGAGCAUGAUUUUAAAAUAACCUUUCCAAAAGGGUUAUAUAUAACACCAAAAAGGUUCCCCUAUCAUUACAAGCCAAAUAAGCCUUAUUUAUAUAGAAAACAUUUUAGGUGUAAUAUUUACAUUUUAGUCAUUUAGCAGACGCUCUUAUCCAGAGCGACUUACAUGAGCAAUUAGGGUUAAGUGUCUUGCUUAAGGGCACAUCAACAGAUUUUUCACCCAGGGGUAAUAUGUGUAAUAUAUUCUCUCUUCUGUAUCUCAACUCUUCAGAACAAAGUUUUAAUUUAUUCUAUGACAAAACAAGCCAUGAACUCUAGUUCUUGUCAACACGGCAUCCUAGCAACAGAACUAGUAGUGUAAAUAAUAAAAAUGAAUAAAAUAAAUCUAUAGUAAGUCAUUCUGCACAUCCAUGACGGACUGAUGGGUUUAAACCAGUGCUUAAUUUGUAAAUUGGGAGGUUACGGAACACAAUGUAAAAAAUAGUAAAAAUAAAGAAAAAUCCUUGAAUGAGUAGGUGUGUCCAAACUUUUGAAUGGUACUGUAUAUACAUUACCGGUCAAAAGUUUUAGAACACCUACUCAUUCAAGGGUUUUUCUUUAUUUGUACAAUUUCUACAUUGUAGAAUAAUAAUGAAGACAUCAAAAAUAUGAAAUAACACAUAUGGAAUCAUGUAGUAACCAAAAAAGUGUUAAACAAAUCAAAAUAUAUUUUAUAUUUGAAAUUCUUCAAAUAGCCACCCUUUGCCUUGAUGACAGCUUUGCACACUCUUGGCAUUCUCUCAACCAGCUUCACCUGGAAUGCUUUUUCAACAGUCUUGAAGGAGUUCCCACAUAUGCUGAUCACUUGUUGGCUGCAUUUCCUUCACUCUGCGGUCCAACUCGUCCCAAACCAUCUCAAUUUGGUUGAGGUCAGGGGAUUGUGGAGGCCAGGUCAUCUGAUGCAGCACUCCAUCACUCUCCUUCUUGGUCAAAUAGCCCUUACACAGCCUGGAGGUGUGUUGGGUCAUUGUCCUGUUGAAAAAUAAAUGAUAGUCCCAUUAAGCCCAAACCAGAUGGGAUGGCGUAUCGCUGCAGAAUGCUGUGGUAGCCAUACUGGUUAAGUGUGCCUUGAAUUCUAAAUAAAUCACAGACAGUGUCACCAGCAAAGCACCCCCACACCAUCACACCUCCUCCUCCAUGCUUCACAGUGGGAAACACACAUGCGGAGAUCAUCCAUUCACCUACUCUGCGUCUCACCAAGACAUGGCGGUUGGAACCGAAAAUCGCAAAUGUAAUCAAAGGACAGAUUUCAACCCGUCUAAUAUCCAUUGCUCGUGUUUCUUGGCCCAAGCAAGUCUCUUCUUAUUAUUGAUGUCCUUUAGUAGUGGUUUCUUUGCAGCAAUUCGACCACGAAGGCCUGAUUCAUGCAGUCUCCUCUGAACAGUUGAUGUUGAGAUGUGUCUGUUACUUGAACAUUGUGAUGCAUUUAUUUGGGCUGCAAUCUGAGGUGCAGUUAACUCUAAUGAACUUAUGCUCUGCAGCAUAGGUAACUCUGUGUCUUCCAUUCCUGUGGUGGUCGUCAUGAGAGCCAGUUUCAUCAUAGCGCUUGAUGUUUUUUGCGACUGCACUUUGAUUUUUAUUUAAGAAAUCUGUUCCCAAGUAUUCCCACGCAUAAUAGAGAGACACAUGAUCGUAUACAAAUGUAAGCAAGGUUUGAAAUGAUUAUGUUUUAGUCAUACAUGUGCAUCUGGUGGAUAUAUGGCGUUAAUCCUGCUGUAGAAUUCAUUGCGGCCAGCAGGUCAAACGAACAACUAAAAUGAACGACUCACUCUGAAAAACAAAUCAUGACUGGAGUCAGUAAAAAUAGUUGUUCAAAAAUAACAAAUAGUUUGCGAACUGCACAUCACUUCUGGCUUUCGGCCCAUCGCUUCAGACACACUGUUUUAGAACACACGUGUGCUGAUCAUUUCCGUGUGACAGCUUUCUAAAGCUAGUUUUGGUAAAGGUGUGUGUGCUAAGCGUGUGUGUUUUGUUUGGUGGAGUUGUAUAUAAAACUUGUAUGUGUGUUUGAACAGGCAGACUGGGUGUCAGAGAAGCGACCGCUAGAGAAAUGGCCUGAGGCUGGGAGGCUGAGGUUCGAAAACUUCAAGGUCCGCUACCGACCUGAACUGGACUUGGUGCUGCACGGGAUCACCUGUGACAUCGACAGCACAGAGAAGGUGGGUGAGAGAGACAGAGAGACCAGGGCCAGACACUACACAUACAGUGGGGUCCGAAAUUAUUUACACCCUUGAUAUAGUUGAGCAAUAAUGACUGUAUAAAAUUAAUAACUCAAAUACUGAGCUAUAUUGUAGGCAACAGUCAUGCUAAUCACAUUAGCACACGUUAGUUUAACCGUCCCGUAUACGGGACACCGUAUACAAUUGCUCAGAGAAAGAGAUUUUAUGUAACAAUUAAUCUUUUUUUAAAUAAAUAAAGUAGUGAAAAGUUUUCCUAGCACGCAAUCACUACAUCAAGCUUUUGGAGUCACUUGUUUCUAAACACUUCUACAUGAAUGUGGAUGCUACCGUGAUUAUGAAUAAUCCUGAAUUAAUUGUGAAUAAUGAUGAGUGUGAAAGUUACAGAAGGUCAAAAAUCAUACCCCUCUCACCAUUACAAAUAACAGGGGAGGUUAGUAUGUCUUAAAGCUCCGUAUUUGAAUGAUUUACAGUUGAAGUCGGAAGUUUACUCCUAGAGAUGAACGUACUUUGAUGCGAAAAGUGCAAAUCAAUCCCAGAACAACAGCAACGGACCUUGUGAAGAUGCUGGAGGAAACAGGUACAAAAGUAUCUAUAUCCACAGUAAAACGAGCCCUAUAUUGACAUAACCUGAAAGGCCGCUUAGCAAGGAAGAAGCCACUGCUCCAAAACCGCCAUAAAAAAGACUAACUAUGGUUUGCAACUGCACAUGGGGACAAAGAUCAUACUUUUUGGAGAAAUGUCCUCUGGUCUGAUGAAACAAAAAUAGAACUGUUUGGCCAUAAUGACCAUCGUUAUGUUUGCCGGAAAAAGGGGGUUGCUAGCAAGCCGAAGAACACCAUCCCAACUGUGAAGCUUAGGGGGGUACAGGCAGCAUCAUGCUGUGGGGGUGCUUUGCUGCAGGAGGGACUGGUGCACUUGAAAAUUAUGUGGAUAUAUUGAAGCAACAUCUCAAGACAUCAGUCAGGAAGUUAUAGCUUGGUGGCAAAUGGGUCUUCCAAAUGGACAAUGACCCCAAGCAUACUUCCAAAGUUGUGGGAAAAUGGCUUAAGGACAACAAAGUCAAGGUAUUGGAGUGGCCAUCACAAAGCCCUGACCUCAAACCUAUAGAAAAUGUGUGGGAAGAACUGAAAAAGCGUGUGCGAGCAAGGAGGCCUACAAACCUGACUCAGUUACACCAGCUCUGUCAGGAGGAAUGGGCCAAAAUUCACCCAAAUUAUUGUGUGAAGCUUGUGGAAGGCGACCCAAAACGUUUGACCCAAGUUAAACAAUUUAAAGGCAAUGCUACCAAAUACAAAUUGAGUGUAUGUAAACUUCUGACCUACUGGGAAUGUGAUGAAAUAAAUAAAAGCUUAAAUAAAUCAUUCUUUCUACUAUUAUUCAGACAUUUCACAUUCUUAAAAUAAAGUGGCGAUCCUAACUGACCUAAAACAGGGAAUAUUUACUAGGAUUAAAUGUCAGGAAUUGUGAAAAACUGAGUUUAUAUGUAUUUGGCUAAGGUGUAUGUAAACUUCCGACUUCAACUGUAUUAUAUACAGGCAUUAUUGCUCAUCUUAAUCAAGGGUGUCAAUCAUUUUUUACCCAACUGUCUGGUAUCAUAUUUCACAUACCUUGUCGACAAACAAACAAUGUAUAUAACAGUCUACGUGCAAAGAACUAAUGGGACCUAUAUUAAGUAUUCACCCCCCCACACCCUCAGGACUUUUUCACAUUUUGUUGUGUUACAAAAGGGUAUUGAAAUUGAUUAAUUGUUGUUGUUUUUGUCAUUGAUCUACAAUAAAUACUCUAUCAAAGUGAAAAUAACAUUUUAUAAAUGUUUUCAUAUUAAUACAAAAUAAAUAACUAAAAUAUAUUAUUCACCCCCUUUGUUAUGGCAAGCCUAAAUUAGUUCAGGAGUAAAAAUUGGCUUACAACAAUCACAAAAUAAAUUAAAUGGUCUCACUCUGUAUGACAUAAUAGGGGUUAACGUUUUUUUUAUGCCUAUUCCUUCCUCUGUACCCUAUACUUACAACAUCUGUAAGGUCCCUCGUUCGAUUAGUGAAUUUCAAGCACAAAUUAAACUACAAAGACCAGGCAGCUUUCCAAUGCCUCAUAAAGAAGGGCAGCAAUUGGUAGAUGGGUAAAAAUAACAAAUCAGACACUGAAUAUCCCUUUAAGCAUGGUCAAGUUAAUAAUUAGGCUGCGGCUCAAACCACCGAAACACAACAAAGAUACAGUCGUCCUUCCUAACUGAGCUACAGGACAGGAAGGAAACUGUUCAGGGAUCCAUUUCUCCUGAAAACUGGAUGCAUCUGGUUUCUGUCAACCCGCCGAGUGUGAUAGUUUGUAAAAGCUACAGAGUUCAAUGGCUGUGAUGGGGAAAAAAACUGUAGUUAUUGUAGUUACUCCACAAUAAGGACCUAAAUUACAGAGUGAAAAGAUGGAAGCCUACAGAAGAAGGAGAUUCAAAAACAUGCAUCCUGUUUGCAGCAAGGCACCAAAGUAAUACUGAAAUAGAACACAUCAACGGAAUCAACUGUUUGGUCUAAAUGCAAAGCGUUAUGUUUGGGGCAAAUCCAACACAGCACAUUAAAAACAUUUGCUGUUUAGCAAUGAUCCCCAACAACUUGACAAAGCUUAAAGAAUUUUGCCAAGAAUAAUCUGCAAAUAUUGCACAAUGCAGGUGUGCAAAGCUUAGAGACUGUGCCCAAAAAGACUCAAAGCUGUAAUAGAUGCCAAAGGUGUUUCUAACAUGAUGUAUUGACUUAGGGGGGUGAAUACAUAUCGAAUCAAGAUACAGUAUAUUCGUGUUGUACUUUUUCUUAAUGAAAAUAUAUAUAUAUAUAUAUAUAUAUAUUGUUUUCCCCCUUUUGACAUUACAAAGCUUUUUUUGUAUAUAAGUGACAAAAAAAAUCAUAUUUAAAUCAAUUUUAUUCCCACUUUGUAGAACACUGAAAGUCCAAGGGGGUGAAUACUUAUUAUAUACACUGUGCUGUAUGUGCAUGCUUUAUCUAGGAAAACAAUAGCAAGAGAGAGAGCACCGUACUACUGUCACAACAUUUAUUCAGGGUCAACACAGCACAGCGAAAUAGGUUCAACUUGAGUCCAGAAUAUACUUAAGCAAUAAUGCCCGAAGGGGUGUGGUAUAUGGCCAAUAUACCAAUACUGAAAGGGGGUCUGAUUGAAGUUAUUCAUUGCAAACCUGAUCUGACCUAUUUGGACUCCCGUGGACAGUCAUGACAACCUGAUCUUGCAUGACUAGGUUAUUUUGUUUACUGUCCGACUAUGCUAAAGAAGAAGCUGUAGCCUAGGCCUAAUUAUUUCUCCAUGGUUCUGACUUGUCUGCUCGUUGCACUUUGCCUUGUCAAUCUGUGUGCUCGAUAAUCCGGGUACAGGUAUAGCCUACUUAAUUAUGAUUGACAGCCAUUCAGACAUUAAUGCAUUAAUGCAUUUAUGAAACCAGCUGCUUUUGAAGUUACUAGCCCUAUCUGUACAAUUCUGAAUAAUAUGGGGGCCCCCCUCAAAUGUUUUCUGCUCCACCCACCCAGUCACCCCGUGGCGAAACCCUAGCUCUGUAUUGACAUAAGCAUGAAUUGGUUGACACUCAUCUUUUCCCAUUGAGUGCAGUGUAUUGACAUAAGCUUUUACCCUGUGAUACUAAUCUUUUCCCAUUGACUACAAAUGUAUUGACAAAAGCUUCAAUUGGUUUACACUCCGCUUUUCCCAAUGACUGAAAUGUAUUGACAUAAGCAUCAAUUGGUUGACACUCAUCAUUUCCCAUUGAAUGCAAUGUAUUGACAUAAGGUUCAACCAUGUGACACUUUUAUUUUCUCAUUAAAUGCAAUGUAUUGACAUAAGCUUCAGUUAGUUGACACUCAUCUCUUCCCAUUGGCACAGCAAAGCCUGCUGGGAGCAUGGCCAGUUGACAUAAGCACCAAUUGGUUGAUGCAUAGCGUUUUGCAAAAAACGUCACAAGAUGACAUUUUGAGGCUGAUAAUGGGCUGUAUGGGUGGUAAAUAAUAAUGGGCUGCAGAGCAUGCAACUCUGCUGUCCUCAGAACUGGAUAAUUAUUAAAUGAUUUGCAUGUUUGCCUCAUCCUCCUUUCUUAUUAGGCUACUAUGAAUAAUAAUAUUUUCCAUCUUGGUAUUGUUUGCUCAAUUUCACUUAUUGUGGCCUGAAAUAUGUGUCAUUCAAAUUAAAGCUGUGAUUGAGAAGCCAUAGACUUUUUCAUAAUUAUUCACUUUUGAAAGCUGCAAUAGGACAUUAAACACUUAAUUCUAAUAUUUGGGAAAUGUUCUUCAUAACUAACUUUUCUUAAUGCUUUUAUGAUAUUUCAAUAAGAAUUCGCCUAGGUAUUUGGCGGUUUGGGUCACAACGACAAGGAGGGAUUUAUUUCAGUCCUCGCAUGCAUGAUCAUUUCUUUCUUAUAAUAGCCUAAGUUUUGCUCAAUUGUAAGGUUUGUUCAAACUCCUAAUUCUAUUUUUCUAUUUUCCUAUUGUUUGUUCUCUCUAUCAUUAUUACCUUAUGCCUACUAUGUUUUUAGAUGAUUCAAAAACAUCUUCAAACUUUCUGAGAUAGCUUAGCACUCUGUUAGAUUAAUUAAUUGUUUAAUCAUGAAAGUGCGGCGGGAGAAAUUCAGCAUGCAUAAAACUAAUAGAGUAGCUUAAUAGGCCAAGUCAUAUUCAUAUCAAAUGGAGAAAAAUUUAUAAAUAAAUAGGCAUUUAUAACAAUUAGACAUCGGAGUGUCCGCUAUAAAAAUAGGCCCAGAUCAUUGGAGAGAGAAAACAAAAACAUAUUUUCUGACUGGACAUUUUGCGUUGUUUUGGUGAAACUCAGCUCUGUCUACAUUGUUCUUGUGCAUUCUGUUUUUAGUUUAUAACAUAUUUAUUGAAAUAGGUUAUGCAGGCCAUAGCAAAGGAAUAUGCCACUUGGCAUCGGCGCCCGGGGAAUAGCUGUUGUUGGGUAACUGUCUUGCUCAAGCGCAGAACGGCAAAUCUUUCCACCUUGCAUGGCUCGGCGAUUCGAACCAGCGAACUUUCGGUUACUGGCCCAACGCUCUUAACUGCUAGGCUACCUGCCACCCCACACAGGGACACGAUCAGUCACUGCUACAGAGUUGGACAGAGGGCACACUUGGUCCAAAGCCUGUUUUAGCAUCGGCAGCGCCAUUAAGGACUUGCACCAUUUUUAAGCAAACAUAACUGCAGGUGGCAGUAAACCACCAACCUUGGCUCAAUACUUGUUCUUUAGUACAUCUCUAUGGUCACGACCCAUCUGCGACCAAAAUUAAGCAUUACUCAAAGUCUUACUGAACAUCCUCACAUCUUGUGCAGAUCGGUAUAGUGGGUCGAACAGGCGCUGGGAAGUCCAGUCUGACCAACUGCCUGUUUAGAAUCAUCGAGGCAGCAGAGGGAAGGAUCUUGAUCGACGGGACAGACAUCGCUACUCUGGGCCUACACGACCUCAGGAGCAGACUCACUAUUAUACCACAGGUAAUGCACACACAGAAAUGCAUGUAUGCACACUUACACACGCACGCACCCACACCCUUAUAAAUGGCAUAAACUUUAUAAUAUUUUUACAUGAUGACAUUUGUUUCUCCAUUCGGUGUGUCUCUGUGUGUGCGGGUGUGUAGGACCCAGUGCUGUUCUCAGGGACGCUGCGUAUGAACCUGGACCCGUUUGAGACCUUCAGUGAUGAGGAGAUCUGGCGCGUCCUAGAGCUGUCCCAUCUGAAGGAGUACGUGGGGGGGUUACAGGAAGGACUGACGCACGAGGUGUCAGAGGGGGGAGAGAACCUCAGGUGGGUUACACUCACAUGAAUGCACACACGCACACACAAGAUACAAGGACAUCGUUGAAAUUGAAAUGCUGUCACCUUCGAUUUGAAGAAUGUCUCCUCUGUACUAGAAAUAUCUAGCUAGCUAGCUGCCCAUUGCUAGUUGGUUGGAUAGGCAGCCAGGUAGGUUGGAAAUGCAUAGCUAGCUAGUAUUAUUUAAGUGAUAAUACCUGAGAAGCCGGUGUUUGGAGGAUAUAUCUGCACGGGUGUUAAGCCCGUGUUGUUAGUGCCAAUAUAUCCUCCAAACACCGGUUUCGAGGGCAUUAUCACUUUUAUACAAUGGGUUACUCAAAUAAUAUGUAAUAUUCAAAUAAUGAUUGACAUAUUUUCAUUAAAAACGUUAUUUUGAUUAAACUAUUCAUACUAUUUCAUCCUUCCACAAGAUAUAGUCCCGACACAAAUCUAGGGUUGCUACCCAAGCCGGCUGGUCGUUCGUUCUAUUGGUUCGGUUGUUAGAGACGCGACCCAGUCGUUCAGUCUUUUUGUUCCAUUGCCAUACUGGCUGGCAACGUUCUUAUCCCUUGCUUGCUAGCUAGCCAUCUACGGCUAACUUACAGUCACGUCAAAAAGUGCAGGCAGAAUAACAGCAAAGUAGCUGCAUUUGCAUUUGUUUAAGCUGUUUUCUAGUGACAUUUAUUUGGAGACAUCCAUAACAAUAAGCUAAUGAGGCACGAUUUUUCCUGGCAUUGAAAAUGUGCUCUCUCGUCAGGACACUGUUGUUUAGAGGAGCUAGCCAACAACACAGCUAACACAAUCACUUCAAACUGAAGCUGGAAAGACUGCAAACUAGCUUUUUUCGAUUUACAUUUCUGUGUAUAUAUCCAUAAAAAUGAUGCCAGCUGAUUCAUGAUUUCGACUGGCUGAGAAACGCUGCCUGCCUGCCUGCCUGCCUGUCUGUCUCGUCCCGACUCCCGACAUGUUCAUUACUAUGGGAGAGCUGGAGAUCAAAUUUGAAUAUUGAAACAAGGUUGCAAAUGUCGGCGAGACAGACAGAAAGGGUUAUACAAAUCUCUGCGAUUGAAAACUAAAUGUUAGUCUAAAAGAAAUGUGAGAUAGUAUCUACAUUUUAGUAGACGCUCUUAUCCAGAGCGACUUACAGUUAGUGAGUGCAUACAUUUUCAUACUGGCCCCCUGUGGGAAACAAACCCACAACCCUGGCGUUGCAAGCACCAUGCUCUACCAACUGAGCUACAGGGGACUAGAUGCUUUUAAUAGUGGAGAUCAAGCUUAUAAAGUGCCUGGCUGGGCUGAUGAGACAGUGGAUUGUGCAGUCAGAUGGAACAGAGUAAAUAGGCAUUUUAAUGUCAUAGAUUUAGCCGGUGGUAACUUGUGGAAUAGACACCGGCUGGAAUGUGGUUUUAACCAAUCAGCAUUCAGGAUUAGACCCACCCGUUAUAUAAAGAUCAACAAACAAGGCAAUACCUGCUCUAUUUUAACACCAAUAAACCCAUCCAUUUAAAAAUGUAUUUAGAAUAUGUCAAUCUAGCAAGCCAGGCAAAAUAUAUAUAUAUGUUUUGGUUUGUUGCUAGCUUGUUAGCUGGCUAGCCAGCCCAAAUGAUGACCAGAUUUUUGACUGUAGGCAACCUUUAUUCAUUAUAAUUGCAACAUUUACACAUUACGAGAUAAUUAUUAAUGGCAACCUAAAAAUAGCUAACUUACGGUCGUGACCCUAGGUGUAAAAUAGUAAAUAAUGGCUAUUUCUCAGAAAGAUUUAAACUGUCAAGAGGAGUGAAACAAGGUUGUCCACUAUCGGCAUAUCUAUUUAUUAUUGCCAUUGAGAUGUUAGCUAUUAAAAUCAGAUCCAACAAUAAUAUCAAGGGAUUAGAAAUCCAGGGCUUAAAAACAAAGAUGUCAUUUUAUGCUGAUGAUUCAUGUUCUUUUUUAUCCACAACUAGAAUCCCUCCACAGCCUCAUAGAGGAUCUAUAUACAUUUUCUAACCUCUCUGGAUUACAACCAAAUUAUGAUAAAUGUACUAUAUUACGUAUUGGAUCAAUAAAAAAUAUAUUUUUUACAUUACCAUGUAGUUUACCAAUAAAAUGGUCUUAUGGUGAUGUGGAUAUACUCAGAAUACAUAUCCCAAAUGAUAAAAAAUGAUCUCACUCCAAAAAAAUUAAUAGAAAGUUAGCAAAAAUAGAUAAGAUCUUGCUACCACGGAAAGGUAAAUACCUGUCAAUUUGUGGAAAAAUCACCCUGAUUAACUCUUUAGUAUUAUCCCAGUUUACCUAUUUGUUUAUGGUCUUACCUACCUAUUUGUUUAUGGUCUUUAAAUUAUAUGAGAAAAAAAUAUUCAAUUUUAUUUGGAACGGCAAGCCAGACAAAAUUAAACGGGCCUAUUUAAAUAAUGAAUAUGAAUUAGGAGGACAGAAAUGAUUAAAUAUUAAAGCAUUAGACCUAUCACUAAAAGCUUCAGUCAUACAAAAAUUAUACUUAAAUCCGAACUGGUUCUCUAGCAAACUAGUAAGAUUGUCUCACCCAAUGUUCAAGAAGGGACUUUUUCCCUUUAUUCAGAUUACAACCCCUCACUUUCAGGUAUUUGAAAAGGAAAUAAUCUCCCAAAUAUCACUAUUUCUAAAACAAGCCAUAGAAAGUUGGUUGCAAUUUCAAUUUAAUCCUCCAGAAAUGACAGAACAAAUAUUGCAACAAAUAUUGUGGUUAAACUCAAAUAUACUAAUUGAUAAAAAAACUUUCUUUUUUUGAGAAAAUGUUUAAAAAAGGUAUAAUCUUCGUAAAUGAUAUUAUCGGUAGGAAUGGUGGAGUUAUGUCGCACAUGCAGCUAACAAAAACAUAUGGAAAUGUCUGCUCUACCCAAAAUUACAACCAAAUAAUUGAAGCAUUACCGCAAAAAUGGAAGAAGAAAGUGGAAGGAGGAGAAAGUAAGGAACUUGUCUGUCGGCCUUGCAUUAAAGAGCAUAAUUGGUUAAAGAAAAUUGUGAUAAAUAAAAAAGUUUACCAGUUUCAUUUAAGGACCAAAAGAUUGACAGCCGUCCCAUAUAGAUUGCAAAAUAGUUGGGAAGAGAUUUUUGACGUACCGAUUCCAUGGCAUAGUGUUUAUGAACUGAUACGCAAAACGAUGCCAGAUUCAAAACUUAGAAUUUUUCAAUUUAAAUGAUUAUAUAAAAUUCUUGCUACCAAUAGAAUGUUAUUUGUACGGGGGAUACAAUCUUCCCAGCUCUGCAGAUUUGGCUGUGAAGAGACAGAAUCAUUAGAUCAUUUGUUUUGGUACUGUCCAUUUGUAGCUUGUUUCUGGACACUGGUCCAGGAAUGGCUGAAGGAUUGCAAUAUUUGCAUGGAGCUGACCCUGUAGAUAGCACUACUGGGUGAUCUGAAAAGUCAUAGUCAAUCGAUCAAUAAUAUAAUAAUACUUUUAGCAAAGAUGUUUAUUUUCAAUUCACAAACUGUAGAAACAAUGAGAAUAGAAAGGUUCAGAACUUUUGUAAAACAUCACAGUACAGUUUAAAAAUGUAUGGCAAAUAGAAAUCCAAUAUGGAUGGUGUUAAGAGAUAGAUGGGAGGUGUUGAAUGGAGUUGAAAGGUGUUGAAUGGAGCUGAAGGAUGGGACUAAUAACAACAACUAAUAACAACAAGAUAACUAGUGUAAGACAUGCUGUGUCCAUAAUAAUUAUAUAGGUUAUAUAUUGUGAGCUUUUGUGAAAGAGCACAGUUAGAAAGAUAUGGCAUAUAGAAGCAUACCAGAUGGACAUCAUGAAAAUGAUCGGAGGAAGUUCAGGAGUAAAAACAAACAAAAUAUAAUUAUUGACUGUGUCCAUAAAAGUAUAUAGUAUGUAUAAGCAUGAAGUAGAGGCCUAAGCAUUGUUGUUCACUAGUUUACUCCAAUUAGGGAGGGGAUGGUGGGGUUGGAAAGUAAUAAAGGGAAAUAUAUAUAUUUUUAAAGGAUAUGUAUGUAUGUAUGUAUGUAUGUAUGUAUGUAUGUAUGUAUGUAUAUACAGUGAGGGAAAAAAGUAUUUGAUCCCCUGCUGAUUUUGUACGUUUGCCCACUGACAAAGAAAUGAUCAGUCUAAUUUUAAUGGUAGGUUUAUUUGAACAAAAAAAUCCAGAAAUGUUAUAAAUUGAUUUGCAUUUUAAUGAGGGAAAUAAGUAUUUGACCCCCUCUCAAUCAGAAAGAUUUCUGGCUCCCAGGUGUCUUUUAUACAGGUAAUGAGCUGAGAUUAGGAGCACACUCUUAAAGGGAGUGCUCCUAAUCUCAGUUUGUUACCUGUAUAAAAGACAUCUGUCCACAGAAGCAAUCAAUCAAUCAGAUUCCAAACUCUCCACCAUGGCCAAGACCAAAGAGCUUUCCAAGGAUGUCAGGGACAAGAUUGUAGACCUACACAAGGCUGGAAUGGGCUACAAGACCAUCGCCAAGCAGCUUGGUGAGAAGGUGACAACAGUUGGUGCGAUUAUUCGCAAAUGGAAGAAACACAAAAGAACUGUCAAUCUCCCUCGGCCUGGGGCUCCAUGCAAGAUCUCACCUCGUGGAGUUGCAAUGAUCAUGAGAACGGUGAGGAAUCAGCCCAGAAUUAGACGGGAGGAUCUUGUCAAUGAUCUCAAGGCAGCUGGGACCAUAGUCACCAAGAAAAAAAUUGGUAACACACUACGCCGUGAAGGACUGAAAUCCUGCAGCGCCCGCAAGGUCCCCCUGCUCAAGAAAGCACAUAUACAGGGCCGUCUGAAGUUUGCCAAUGAACAUCUGAAUGAUUCAGAGGAGAACUGGGUGAAAGUGUUGUGGUCAGAUGAGACCAAAAUCAAGGUCUUUGGCAUCAACUCAACUCGCCGUGUUUGGAGGAGGAGGAAUGCUGCCUAUGACCCCAAGAUCACCAUCCCCACCGUCAAACAUGGAGGUGGAAACAUUAUGCUUUGGGGGGUUUUUUCUGCUAAGGGGACAGGACAACUUCACCGCAUCAAAGGGACGAUGGACGGGGCCAUGUACCGUCAAAUCUUGGGUGAGAACCUCCCUCCCUCAGCCAGAGCAUUGAAAAUGGGUUGUGGAUGGGUAUUCCAGCAUGACAAUGACCCAAAACACACGGCCAAGGCAACAAAGGAGUGGCUCAAGAAGAAGCAUAUUAAUGUCCUGGAGUGGCCUAGCCAGUCUCCAGACCUUAAUCCCAUAGAAAAUCUGUGGAGGGAGCUGAAGGUUUGAGUUGCCAAACGUCAGCCUCGAAACCUUAAUGACUUGGAGAAGAUCCCUCCUGAGAUGUGUGAAAACCUCUGUGAUUGCCAACAAGGGUUUUGCCACCAAGUACUACGUCAUGUUUUGCAGAGUGGUCAAAUACUUAUUUCCCUCAUUAAAAUGCAAAUCAAUUUAUAAAAUUUUUGACAUGCGUUUUUCUGGAUUUUUUUGUUGUUAUUCUCUCUCUCACUGUUCAAAUAAACCUACCAUUAAAAUUAUAGACUGAUCAUGUCUUUGUCAGUGGGCAAACUUAUAAAAUCAGCAGGGGAUCAAAUACUUUUUUCCCUCAUUGUAUAUGUAUGUAUGUGUAUAUAUAUAUAUAUAUGUUUAAGUAUGUGUGUAAUAUAUGCGAGAAAAAAAAAAUAUGGGGGAUUGGAAGUGAUGCAGACAAUUACAUUGAUGGAAGUUACAAUCUAUCUACAAUAUUAAAGCUGAUCUACCCCCUAGAAAAAGAAAGAAAAUAAAAAACGUACGGUCGUGAAUGUGAGGAAAUAAAAGCAGGGCAUUCUGUCGGAGAAAUGAAAAACGUAUUGACGCUGUCACAGUCAGGUUACCAUGACAACGAUCAAAACAACAGGGUAAAAGUAGAAAAAUAUUAAUGUCUCUGCGACAAGGAAAACGACAACCGCGUUGACGAUCUACAGACAGUCGGCCUGAGUAAAAAUGUAAUGUUAUUUUGGCCAACGACACUUGUUGCAUUCUAAUGGUCUACAGACAUGUCGUUAGACAGACUAUAAAGCAGCCUUUAGGCAUUACUCAACUCUGCUCAAACAGACAUCCGCACAGGGAUCGUAUUAUCAUUCAGAUGAUAGCAUAUGGAGGGGGAGAUCAGUGGUGUACCGCAGUUUCGCGGGCCCCCCCCCCCCCGCAAGGUCUGAGCAAGGCUCCCCCUCAAGCUAACUUCCUACAAUUCCAUGGGGCAAAUAGAAAAAAUUGCAGUUUUAUGACUAAUCUCAUGCUAUUUUACACAUUUUGUCAUGAAGCUGAGAGAAUGUAGAAUUUUUAAAGCACAUUUCCUGCAAUUCUACAGAUAUUGCCAUGGGGCAAAGAGAACAUGUUUCAGUUUCAUAGCUUAUUUCAUGCUAUUCUACACAUUUUGCAAUGAGGCUGAGAGAAUUUUGCAUUUCCAAAGCUAAUUUCCUGCUAUUCUAAACAUUUUUGCCAAGGCUUAUGACCUGUUCAUAUGCUCUCUGUGGAGGGGCCUACCUGGGUUGGGGGCCCCCAGAGUCCGUUGGCCUCCCCACCUUGCGGGGAAUGCGGGAGUGUGUGGUACGCCAGUGGGAGAGAUGCAUUCUGAUAAAGGCACGCAUAUGACUGUUGCACAACAUUUCAAAAUGCAAUUGUGGGAAUAACACCGUUUUUAAAGUAAUUACUGUUGUUAUUGUUAAAGAUGAGAUUCAGCUUUCUCUGAGUAUAAAACAUAUUUUCAACUCUCAAUUUUGAGCAAAUGGCACCACUUUACAACCGGAGUAUGUCAUGUGGUUUUGAGAUGAUGCGACGCUGAGCAGAGUGCAGCAUUCGCUGUGAAUACUAUGUGUGACGAGUACUCCGACAAAACGAGUAUCGUAACGGAUAUGGAGAAUUAUGACACAAGUAUUUUUUGUAAUUAUCCGUCAUCGGGAAAAAGUUAUUUUCAGCUGCCAGCAUGCAUCUCUCUUUCACUCAAACAGUGUGAAGUGCUGUGUGCUGUAAACAACUAUUGGCUAGUUCUUCUGUCUAUAAAGAAAACGGGCGGGGUAUCGGUUGAGCCUGCUGCAACGAUUGGAUUAGAACAAGCCGCUCUGCUCUCAAUUCCCCAGACAGACACACGCGCUGCUGUUUCACUCACUCACAGUCACUCGUCUCAAGCACACCUCUACCCUUCUCCAAAGAUUGUGUAUGACUUAGAAUCCAUAGCUAGUCAUUGUUGUUCAAUCAAGUUAUUUCCUGUCGACUUUGCAUAUGGUUGUUUACUGGUUGUCUACUUGGCGGUUGUCUACUUUAGUAGGCCUACUUUGUCUGUUCGUAUAAUUAUUCCAUUACUGACGUUUCUCAUUAUGUCGUGAUCCAAGCCCAUGCUUGCUUGCUAUUUCUUCUCGCCCAGGCAUGUUUGCCGUGUGGCAGAUCAUUAGAAAAUAAAAUGACAAAUGUGGCAUAAGUGUUUCGGGAGAGAAAAGUGUUGCUCCUCUCGAAAGCGAAACAAUAUAUGGGUCAAAUGAAUUAGCCUACCUUCAUCUAAAUCUGUGUGGAAUGAAUGCAGGCAGUAGUAACCAGCCAUGCAUUAGGAUAUUGUUGAUAACUGAAUAGGACUAAGUAAGUAAAACAUGUGCAUUGUCAUCUGUUAGGGUCGUUUAACAAUGUGUGUGAAUGAGUGAAGGAAGAUAACAAUGCACUCUGAGUGAUAGCACAGUAAUGCACACUUGAUGUAUAGGCUUUACCGACAUUUAAAGUCCACUUCGAUCAUGAGUAAAUCCGAUUAGAGGAUCAAGUGUGAUAAAACAGAUACGAUUACGAAUACGAGUAUGACAAGAUCGGCACACCCCUAGUGAAUACAUGAAGUAGCCUAGGCAUACUGAUGGAAAGUUUUUGUAGGACAUUAAAUAUAAUGUUAGCUCUAUCAAUAACAUGGCUAUCUAGCAUAUUUAGAGUUAACAAUCUAGCUUAUGUGUUUUGAGUUCCCACUUCCUCAGGUGGUGAAUUAUAUAGCCUAGCCUAGGCAAUUAUGACAAAACUUUACGCAAAUCUGAUCAUUCUGGAAGCUACACGACAUGGACAAAAGUAUGUGGACACCCCUUCAAAUUAGUGGAUUCAGCGAUUUCAGCCACACCGUUGUUGACAGGUGUAUAAAAUCGAGCACACAGCCAUGCAAUCUCCAUAGGAAAACAUUGGCAGUAGAAUGGCCCGUACUGAAGAGAACUUUUGCACUGUCAUAGGAUGCCACCUUUCCAACAAGUCAGUUUGUCAGAUUUCUGGCCUGCUAGGUCAACUGCAAGUGCUGUUAUUGUGAAGUGGAAAUGUCUAGGAGCAAUAACUGCUCAGCUGCGAAGUAGAGGGUGCACCCCUCUAUCCACAUCGACGGGACCGCAGUGGAGAAGGUGGAAAGCUUCAAGUUCCUUGGCGUACACAACACCGACAAACUGAAAUGGUCCACCCACGCAGACAGUGUGGUGAAGAAGGCGCAACAGAGCCUCUUCAACCUCAGGAGGCUGAAGAAAUUCGGCUUAGCACCUAAAACCCUCACAAACUUUUACAGAUGCACAAUUGAGAGCAUCCUGUCGGGCUGUAUCACCGUCUGGUACGGCAACUGCACCGCCCGCAACCGCAGGGCUCUCCAUAGGGUGGUGCGGUCUACCGAACGCAUUACCGGGGGCAAACUACCCGCCCUCCAAGUCACAUACAGCACCCGAUGUCACAGGAAGGCCAAAAAGAUAAUCUAGGACAUCAACCACCCGAGCCACUGCCUGUUCACCCCGCUAUCAUCCAGAAGGUGAGGUCAGUACAGGUGCAUCAAAGCUGGGACAGAGAGAAUGAAAAACAGCUUCUAUCUCAAGGCCAUCAGACUGUUAAAUAGCCAUCACUAGCACAUUAGAGGCUGCUGCUGCCUAUUGAAAUCACUGGCCACUUUAAGAAAUGGAACACUAGUCACUUUAAUAAUGUUUACAUAUCUUGCACUACUCAUCUCAUAUGUAUAUGCUGCAUUAUAUUCUAUAAUAUUCUACUGUAUCUUAGUCCAUGCCGCUCUGUCAUUGCUUGUCCAUAUAUGUAUAUGUUCUUAAAUCCCAUUCCUUACUAGUUUUGUGUAUAUUGGGUAUAUGUUGUGAAAUUGUUAGAUAUUACUUGUUAGAUAUUACUUACUGUCGGAGCUAGAAGCACAAGCAUUUCACUACACCCGCUAUAACAUCUGCUAAACACGUGUAUGUGACAAAUACAAUUUGAUUUGAUUUGAAGUGGUAGGCCACACAAGCUCACAGAACGGGACCACUGAGUGCUGAAGCGCGUAACGCCUAAAAAUCGUCUGUCCUCGGUUGCAACACUCACUACCGAGUUCUAAACUGCAUCUGGAAGCAACGUCAGCACAAGAACUGUUCGUCGGGAGCUUCAUGAAAUGGGUUUUCAUGGCCGAGUAGCCGCACACAAGCCUAAGAUCAACAUGCGCAAUGCCAAGCGUCAGCUGGAGUGGUGUAAAGCUUGCCGCCAUUGGACUCUGGAGAAUAGGAAACGCGUUCUCUGGAAUGAUGAAUCACGUUUCACCAUCUGGCAGUCAGACGGACAAAUCUGGGUUUGGUGGAUGCCAGGUGAACGCUACCUGCCCGAAUGCAUUAUUGCCCAUGAUUAUGGAAUGAGAUGACCAUGUAGUGUAUUUUGACAGGUUGCACAUGUUUCCAUUACAGUAUUGGUCAGAGACAGUUGUUGUGUCUGGCCCGUGCCCUGCUGAGGAAGUCUCGUAUUCUGAUUCUGGAUGAGGCUACAGCUGCUGUGGACCUAGAGACAGACAACCUGAUCCAGAAAACCAUACGACGAGAGUUCUCCCAUUGCACUGUACUCACCAUCGCACACAGACUCCACAGCAUCCUGGACAGUAGCAGGUAACACACAUGCACAUACACAGUAAAGUCACUCCUAUGGAGUCAAAUGUAACACUAUGUUGGGGUUUAUAUGGUCCCACCCCCAUUUUGUGUUAAAACUACUCCGGUCUCCCGAGUGGCGCAGUGGUCUAAGGCACUGCAUCGCAGUGCUAGCUCUGCCACUAGAGAUCCUGGUUCGAAUCCAGGCUCUGUCGUAGCCGGCCACGACUGGGAGACCCAUGGGGCGGCGCACAAUUGGCCCAGCGUCGUCCAGGGUAGGGGAGGGAAUGGCCAGCAGGGAUGUAGAGCAUGGUGUUUGCAACGCCAGGGUUGUGGGUUCGAUUCCCACGGGGGGCCAGUAUAUAAAAAAAAUAAAAUAAUGUAAGUCGCUCUGGAUAAGAGCGUCUGCUAAAUGACUAAAAUGUAAAAUGUCAUGGUGUUGAUAUUUCUGGAGUUAAAAUGACACUAAAUUGUGUUAAAAGGACUCCGUCCCAAUCAACUCCAGUUAUCAACACUAACUCCAGGGAGCGUAUCACUCUCUUGAGGGCUAAGAUAACUCCCAGUAGAGUCAAUUUAACCCUCAUUUUUUAACACUGUGAUUUCAACUAUCCUUGAUUUACUGUGUACUUAGACGCACAGACUGGCACACAAACUUUACGACAAGAGUUUUCCCACAGAACUUGUUGCAUAGCAACUGAAACUCUGAAAUAGUUGACUCUCACUCAUCCUUUCCUCCCUCUUCUCCCACUCCGUCUUUCUCCAUCCCUUUCUCUCUCACACUUUCAGGGUGAUGGUGCUGGAUGCUGGAAAGAUCGUAGAGUUUGACUCUCCCAGCACUCUCUUCAACAAACAGGGUCACUUCUAUUCCAUGGCAAGGGAUGCUGGUAUCACUACAGUGGACAGCACUGCUCUGGACAGCACUGCUUUGGACAACACUGCUCUC